UCCCAUUCAUCCCUUUCAUCUGGCCUGCGUAUAAAUAGACCAACAAAUCAGAGCUUGAGAUGUCUGUGGUUUCAGAGUGGUGUUGAGAGAUCGUGUGUUUGUGUGUGUAUGUGUGUGUAUCUAUCAGAGGAUGAACCAUACUGGCUGAGCCUCCUAAAGCCUUGCCUGCAGCAAACAGUAUCUUGCUGUUUUUUUUUUCUCCUUUCAGGGCAGACAAAUCGACUCUCAGAGAUCUGACCUGUUCCUUGUCAACCAGGUUGUCCACAGAGAAACACAAACUCUUGCACACUCACACUUCACUUCUCUGGAGACACUAAGAAACUGGAGUCAAACCAAAACAGCUUUAUACUUUGAAUAAAAACCACGACAGAAAGGUGAUUUGAAGGCUGAAUUGAACAACUUUUGUUGUUUUAGAUUUAUUUGCUGAUAAAAAAUAGUUAAAAAAUAGUUAAAACAAAUAAUUACUGUUUCCAAAAGCACACAGUGACAUUCUCAAAUAUUUUAGUGCAUUACUAAGGAUGUCACAAUGCAGUAUUGAUAAUAACAGUCUUUUAAAAGAAUUAAAUACCUAUAUUGUGGCAAAUAAUAUGCAUAAGGCAACUCUAAUUCCACCCCUACCAUUAACCAAAGUAGGAGGAAGUAGUGGUUCAUUACACCCCAUCAUACCGCAGAUUUCAUCAGUUUGAAAGACACGUAAGUUAAUGAAUGUAAGCAGCAGAACCAGAAUCUGCAUCUCUCUAUAUUAUGGUACACUGAGCAGCAGUGACAGACAGGAGUACUAAAAAAAUGUUUCUUGGCUGGUUGAUAGUUGAAAAAUACAAAAAUAAAAGAAUAUCCACGGAUAAACACCUUUAUCCAAAAACAUCAGAAAAUGGCUCUAACUUUUAAACACACUUUAUAUUUAGUCUAUAAUAUAUGGCGUUACUCUUCUUUAGAUAGUUCCUAUACUAGUUUGGCUAGUUUAGGCCCAUUAGCUUGUUUGUCUGUCUUCACAGGAGGUGUCGGCCUGCUUUCAGCAGACUGUAUUAAAAUUCAACCUAACAACCCGGGCCUUGGUUCCACGUGUUCUCCAGUUGUCCUGUUUGGAUCCUGAAUGUCAGAGGAACAAAACAAGGCUCAAGUGAUUCUGGUCCCUUUCUUUGGCACCAUGGUAACCGUGAUGGAGACGGUUCAGCUCGGCUUUGUGUUUCUGCAGAAGGAUGCAGAAAGUAAGGUUGCAACUCUACAGUGAAACAGACUUAGAAGUAUGGUGCCACUCUCCCCUCUGAAUGAUUUUAUGCCUCCAAAAUCAUUACCAGUAUCCUAAUAGAAGAUUUAGCAAAACUGCCUUCAUUUCAACCACAGACUACUAGCUGCAUUGAGAACAAAUGCUUCUGAGAUUAACAAAACAGCAAUUUAAGUCAUUACACAUAUGAUCCAUUGUAAUAAAAACCCUAACAAGAAAUUUACAAUAAUCCUCUUACAAAUGGCUGCAGCCCAUGCCAGGGGAACAAUAAGCUGUUCUCGGCUCAAUCGAGCUGCAUACUAAUAGGAUGAUUAUGAGGCCUAAUUAUCAGAUCGCACUUGUCGAGAAGAAUCUGUGCAGUUUGCCCCAAGGACAAAAUGCAAAACAGAGACAAACUGUUGUUUCUGCUGAAAAGCCAUCAAGGAGUGCCUCCAUGUUUUAUAGUGGUGCCAGUUAGAAGUCAAGAUGACUGCUAUAGAGAGGAGUCAGAGAUCAUAACAAAUGCAUAAUGUACCGUAUACACUUCUAUAUUUGCUCUGCUGCAUUUCAAGCCCACAGUUUGUGGUUCAUUACAAAAGUAUUUAGAGGUUGUCAUUACACCUGCCUCUGGACUAAACAGUCGCUAAUGCUAAGUUUGGACAUUUAUAAUAAUGCCAAUUUACAUGGCCUGCAUCAAUACUUUUCAUGGCUGAUAGGUGGAAAGGUAGGUGUUGAUGGGUGGGUGGGGUUUUGAGAGAAAUUAUUUAACCAGUGCAACUAUGAUGUGUGCAUGUUCAAGAGUCAAACUGUUAUGUUUCUAUCAGGCCACCUACUUUUAUGGCUCUGUGGUCCAGUUUUGACGCUCACAUUCCGGCUAUAGGCACUUUUGGUUGUGUAAAGGGUUGGCAUGGACAUCCUAACAGGCCUGCAGCUAUUCAGCCCCCUAUACAACAAGCUCAGACACACUGUGUGCACUGAAACCUUUGUAACAGGGUCAGCAUGAACUUUUUCCAGCUUUUCUGUUGGAUUAGAUCACACAGUCAAAUCCUUCUGCUUGUCCCUUUUUUUCCGCUUCCAUCACACUUCAAGGGCAAGUUGUUCAAUGGCUGCCUCAUAUAUCUCACCCACCGACAGGUGUCAGUGUAAAGACAGAAUUAAUAUGAUGCACUUCAUGUGUCGAUGGUCAUAAUGUGAUGGCCGAUUGGUGUAAAUGACCCACAGGUCCAUCUGUAAAACUUUUAUAAGCUUCUGUAAAGUGUCACUCGGCUUGUUAGAACUGCAGCCACACAGUUUCACAAGUUUAGACUUCAGAAUUGAACACAGAGUAGACCCUCAGUAUUCAUCAUUGGUUUCUAUUUGUUUUCUGAACAAAAUGUAUCUUACAAAAAGGAAAAAUUUCUUAUGUCACUUUUUUGAAAAUUGCGCAGCCUCAAAUGAUGUAGAUAUGAAGAUAAGUGGAUAAAUGGGUCUCCUUUAUUGAUCACAAAUAUCCUGGCAAAUAUAUAUGACAGAACUAUAAAAUAUACUGACUCUACAAGAUAAAAAUAUUCAAUAGUCAAAUAAAUUAUAUAUAUAACAAUUGUAAAACAUAAAUCAAAUAAGGACAGACUGAUACGUUGAUGUAAAAUGCAGUGUGCAGUGUAACGGAAAAUUGCUGCAAAAACUAAUGAAUUAAUACAUAAACUGACACGGAGGUAAUACAGCAUUAUUAAAGGUUUUGAUUAUUGUAUUCAUUAGGCAGAUGUUUACUAGGAUGUGAAAUUUGAAUAUUUCUUCAGGCCAGCAUGUUGCAAGUAUAGUUUGGAGAAAUUGAAAAAAAAAAAGACUAUAACAAGAAUCAAAGUUAGAGACAUCGUAUGAGUAAUACGAAAGUUGUGUGCGUGUGUGUGUGUGUGUGUGUGUGUGCACGUUUGUAUUCCUUUGUGAGUUAAAGUCUCUGUGGAGUAUUUAGUGUGAAAUCCAUGUAAUUGUUACAAAUAAAACUGCACUUACACAGCUCUCAUUUACCUCCUACUUUAAUACUUGAACUAUUUACCUGUUUUAGGCUUUUGUGGGUGAUAUAUACUGAUUCAUGAGCAUCAGGAGGGAGAUUCACCACUUUUCCAAUCUAACACACUGUUAAUAAUUCAGGAUUUAAUAUAAAAAUCAGACAGGCUGUCCUAGAGGAAACAACAGCUGUGAAUUAUUGAUAUCUGUCUCACUUCUUUUGUCUCAGAAAUAGAAGAAGCUGAUAUAGAAAAAAAUGUAUCUGGACCAAUAUUCUUCUGCCCUCUGAACUCAAAUGUAUUAAACCUAAAUCAUGACUCUUAUUGCUGCCAUCACAGGAGAGAAAUAUGGAUGUGCUUUGAAUCCAAAUUUAUUUAAUAAGCAACUGAAAGAGCUUUGUGUUACUCUAUUUUACUCUGCCUCCAGAUCUCCUUCAUUUCUCACACAUUUUUUGUCAGCCAUAGUAACGCCUGAAACAGGAGGCUCCCUGAGGCUUUCGCUUCUUUUCCUCCAAUUACCACCAAUGUCACCUCUCUUUUUCUCAUUCAUAGUUGCUCUCUCUCAUUUUUUCUGAGUGUCUCUCUGUCUGUCUGCUCACUUCUUUGUCUUUCUCAGCCUGUGUUGCUACAAUUUUUCUUAGGGGCCAAACGGUAGAGGAUGAAAUAUAUAAAGAGCACAGCAAACACAAAUAUAUGCCAUCCCUGGAACCCACCCUCCAAGCACAGAUACACACAAACACACACUCUGAAUACACUGAAAAUGACCCUUAUGGUGCCAGGCUCAAUUUGAAGUCAAACUCAGCAGCAAGAGAUUUUUCUUCCAUCAGAUAUCAGCUUGGAAAUAAAUUCCCAUGCUGCAAGAUGAAGCGCUGAUGCCUGUGAUUAUGUUGACAAUCAGCUGAAAGUCAAUAUGGCAAUAUAGGAGACAGCUCUAUAUUAGCGUCAUGUGAUUGGUACAUUGUACCAGCGUUUCAAGGCCUCUGAGCCAAUCUCAGCAAAGAUCGGACCAUUUCUCCAGAGAGAGACAAUGCAGCAAACUGGUCCAGUGAAGGACGCUGCGUCUUCUGCAAUGACCUUCACACUAUCCAACACAUACAGUACAAAGACGCCAAUGAAACGACAAAAACGACAACCAAAGGUUGCUAAUGUCCAUACAGAUAAAAUUAAAGCAGUAUAAAACACUAAACCUAAAGCCUUUAACUGCAUUACAAUGAAAUUUGUGUACAGAACAAGCAAAUGUUUUUUUAAUAUCCAUUUGUUUAUAGAAAAAAUACAUAUACAAAGCCAAGUGUGUAUACCAUGUAAUAUCAUCAGUGACUGUACUCUUAUUAUGGUGCCAAAAGAAAAAAACACCAGAAAUAAAUCAGCAUAUGGCCCUGUUGUCAUCACCUAUAGCUCACACUCACACCCACACCCCCUGUUGAAUACAACUCUGUAUGUGCUUGUGUGUCUGUUUGAGAGAAUCUCUGCAUGCAUGAAUAUGUGUAUGUGUGUGUGAGCUUCUGUCUAGAGUGAGAUAUACACCAGAGUAGCAGAGAGAAGAUAAAAUCAUCAAAACACACACAGCACAGACAAGGUCGCAUGUCCCUAUUCUUCUCUCUAUCCAUCCAUCAUCACCUGUCUGCUCUGCAUUCUUCCCUCUGUAACUCAAUCUGCUGAUCCUCAGUCUUGAAACAUACAUGGACGACACAUGGGCGCACAUGACAUCAAAAUCUUAAGAUCCACUUAGCAUUUAUUAUUCCAGCAGAGCAAUUCAGUCAGUGAAUAAAUCCAUUGAAAUUCAUCAGCUAAAUCAAGCCCGUGUGAAUCCUCACUAGAUAAAUGCCACACAGUCAGCUCUGACUGAUCCGUUUCAUAGCAGAGCUGUGCUGAUCUAUUUGGCACGCAUCCAGAUCUGUUGAUGGGGCUUCCCAUUGCCAAUUAAUAACAAUAACUUGCCUCAUAACAGAGGUCAGAUCAUACAUUGGAAGCCAUGCUAAUGCUAAACAAAUACACCAAAGCCCUGAGGCCUGGACAGCUGAUUUCUGAUCAACGCAGACAGUUCUCAUUACAUUCACAUGCCUCCCAUGCUUCAGAUAGUUUAGCUCGGAUUUGUAUAUGAUCCCCAGCUGUACACAUGGCAAACAGCCAGAUAAUGUUAUCCAUAUCUUAUUUUCUUAGCAUUAGCAAGAUUCAAGUCUCUUUGUAGUGAAAGGUUUAUAGAUAGAGAAAAUUAUUUUGUAGUUGUCUUGAGAAGCGGCUCGAGGUUUCUGUCCGUCUUUGAAGAUGAUCACAGCCUGUUCCUGUCACCCUUAGUUUGGCAACAUGUUCAGAAGUUAUGAAGAUCAGGAGAUCAUCGCCAAGGCCGGGACAGAUGUGCACACAUAUUUAGUCACACAUGCAGGGAAAGAAUUAAUACAGUGUUGACUCCAGGACUUCUGAGCCUAUAAAGCACUCACAACUACAUUUGAGAACUGAGAGCCAGGACCAAAGAGGGGUUGCAGUGUAUUAAGCCUCACUGAACAGGCAAUGCUGACUGUGUACCUUUAUAAUGAAAAUACAUGUGGAGACAUACAUAGACCAUAGAUAGGGUUAUACCUUCUGAAAACAACAUCGGUUUAAUGCAAGUAGCCAUGAUCAUUGACCUUCAUUGCUUGUUGUAUGACUUAUUUAGUUGCCUCGUAUACAGCUGUCCCAUAUCUCAUAUUUGUGUAAUGUAUAAUCAGGCUCUACAGUUCACUGUCUAGCAGCCUAAGAUAUUUCAGCUUAAAAAAAAAAAUUGUCUGCUUUUGUUUGUGAUGGUGACUGUUAAUUCAGCUAGCAACAACACUCAUUUCCAAUAUGUUUGGGAACUUGACACCAAUAGUCAGGACUGUCUCAUUAGUAGUCAGAAGAAGAAGCAUGCCACUUCUAGGCUACCUUACAUACCUUCCCUACAGCUGGCAUGUAGCUGCUAUCUAGCUAACUAGAUGUAAAUUCUUUUUUUUCCUUACUUGAAAUGUGAUUGUUGUUGUUGUUGAGUACUUUUUGUGUGUAUUUUGUUAGCACACUUAAUUAUAUUGUACCUUCUUGUAGCUGCAUUUUAAUUCUUUACUUAGGGGAACAGAUUAGGUUUUUAUGUGAUAUCUUUUGAAGAAUUGUCGAUAGCACUUUGGGGCUCUCUAUCAGUGCCAUAAAUCUCUAGCACCUGCUACAAGUGCUCUAGCCCUCAUAGCUUUCCUAAUAACUAUUCGAUAGCCCUGCUGCUAGCUCACGGGGUCGUAGACUGACCUUGACUCCUCUGAGCACUACUUACAGUCCCAACAAAACCUUCCACUCAUUAUCCCAUGUCCUGUACACACCCGAGCCCUGUGCUCUCUUCACUCUUAAAUCUCAAAUCCCUUCCCCUGAUUUUCCUAACACUACAUUUGCACCACUGGAAAUCUCAUCCGUCCACACUUCUGUAAAAUGUACCAAAUUUCUAAAAAUACCCUCUCUGCAUGAAACACAUCCUAACCUGAACUCCUCACCCUUUCCCAACGUCACAACAGAUUCCUCUCUCUCCCUCUCCUCCCCUUUCUCCUCUCCUUCAUUCAGGCGAGAUCUAAUUCACCAAUGAAUAAUGGAUGGAUGGAUGGACGGAUAGGAGACUUUCAUCUAUCAAGGUUCUCUUUCUCUCUUUCUGUCUUUCUUUUGCAGGAUGGCCGUAGUGCUAAUGCAGGGCAACAUGCAUUGGAGAUGAGCCCAGGGACCUCCCACUCAGUCUGUUUGUCUGUCUGUCUGCUGCCUGAAGGAUCACUCUAUCUCUCUUUCUGAGUCUGUCUUCUUCUUACAGACUGGACAUUUAUGACAAUUACAUAUAACCAGUUUAUCAUUAUUUUACAACAUACUUCCUUUUCUGUAUUCUAUCACAAUACCAACAUCAAUGUCAAAGAAAGAGUAGUGGCUAUCUUUAUCAUUCUAGUUUUCAUCUAUGUCCCUAUCACCUUUUUUCAUCGAUCAUUAUCCUUCAUUCAAUUAGUGCCUGACCUUGGGAUAGAGAUCCCAGGUCUGUAUUGACCCUGACCCCCCCUGCUUCUCCCCCUACUUAUACUGUUAGAAGUCUCGAGAAAGGACCAAUCUCACAAUCCACCUCCUUCAUUAAUGCUUUGAGGGAUCAGGACUGCCUUAAAUCCACGCUGGAAGCUUAACGCGCUCAGGUGCCAAGAGAAAUAUUCUUUGGAUUUGUUAUAGAUGCCGAGGCUCAAGAAUUUCCCUUUUUAAUGGCUAUUAGUUGCACUAUACUUUGGAAUAAAAAUCCCCACUGUAUAAAAAAAAGCCUUAGUCGUCUUUAUUUGCAUUUUUAUUAGCAAUGAAUAAAAUUUUGAAUACAUUUUUUUCUGCUCAAAUUCUCAAAAGGUCUCCCUCAGUCUGUGCCAAUAAAAUCCUACUCUCUCAGUCCUCUUUCAAUCAUGCUCUAUUGGAUCAGGUGUGACUUGGCUUUUUCUUUUAAUCCAAUUUCAACAUGGCACCAUAAUUAAGGACAAAAAGAGGAACCAACCCCCACUAAAAAACAACAAUUAGCGCUUGGAACCAGUCAUGAGCAGCAGCUUGUCAAAGAGCCCAUCAAUAAUGCAGGCUGGUGGGAGACCUCAGCUGACACACUGCCGUCCUGUUGAACCCUCCCUGCCUGUCUACCUGUCUGUCUGCUGUCCAUCUGUCUCCCUGAUAUCCACCAUCUUUCUCACCUCCCGAGCGCCUGCCUGACCUCUUGCCAUCCUGCCAGCAUAUGUCUGUCUCUCCAACCACACACACACACAGGUGUAUUUAUUUCUAUAACCCCACUGCCCAGGUGUCUGUUGUGUGUGUAUCCUUGAGCAGCUGAGCCCGGGAGACUUGCUGAACAUGUAUGUAUUCAUUUAUUUAUUUACUAUUCCGAGAUGCAUAAAAAGGUAUUCAUAAUUCAUAAAGUACUCUUGUGCGUUGAGUCAUUGAAAAUGUUAUCUUGGCCUUAUUUGUGGUGCUGUUGUGUUAUGGAGACUUUUUCAUGAAAGUACCAGAAAAUUUUUAUGGCUUGCUGCUGUUAAGUUGUGCAAUAAAUUUGUGCUCCAGUUUUCUUUUUUGAUCUUGAUUAAUCUAGCAUUCAUAGGAAGCAAUUUCCAAGAAUCUCACCAUGUGUUGAGUGGCUUGUAAUCAAGCCAGCAAAUGUAUUAGUCCUGCCAUGGAAAUGAAUAACUUUGCUGAAUUAGUGUUUGCUAACCCUUCUCUCUUCUCAGCAGCUCCAACAGCUAAUCAAAAUAAGGCCAACUAUGGCUCCAGAAACCCAGGCAGGUGAUACUGACAACUGUGCACUUUAAAGACCCACUCCGAUGAAAAUCAUGUUUUCUUGUUUUCUAUAUGUUCAAAGGCAUUUUCCUGAUGCUACAGGACAUAUCAUGAGAAAACUAAAUGUGAAAUUGCUUUUCUUAGUAUUUCUUCAUUAAAAUCACAGUGAAUCUCUGGCAGACCCAAACGGCAGGUUCAGACACAGUGAGAUUUCUUAUGUCACAAUUCCAAGCUCCGCCUCUGGAGCCCCGCUAUGCAGGCCACACUCUGCAUAUAGAGGACAAAUACAGAGGACGCGGAACAAGCCUAUGCGUUAGCAGAUUGUAAUGCUCAUGAGAAAGCUAAUUAUGAUAUUAGCUUUUAUCAUGUCCCUUAAGACAUUAGUGUCUGAGAGCUGAAUAACUCCUAUGUUACCUGCCACUUCUACUAUACCUGCAUUGUUAGGCUGUAAGCUAACGUGAAGUCGAGUGUGCAGAGCAGCGUUGUCUCUGCCCACGACUCAGAGGUGAAUUGCUAAUGAUUUACUGGAACUCUGCAGAAGAAAAGUCCUUGAAAAUGACACAGGCUUGGUGAAAUGGUGCUAUUCUUGGUGAAAACUUUAAAAACCCAAUGAAAGACCAAUGAGAACACUUUAAGUAGUAAAAAAAUACGAUUGGAGUGGGACUUUAAAUGCAUUACAGUCACUGCUGUGUUGAAAAGCUGCAACAUAAAUGACCCUAAAAUGAAGGAUUCUUAUAAAAGAAACAUAUUGAUGCAGUGGUUUGAACCAAGGGAAAGGUAAAUAUCACUCUUGAGAAUUUAAAAUGGAACAGAAAAAUGGAUGCAGCUCUUCUUUUGCAAGACUGCUUAAAAAUGACAGAAAUCAGGAUGCUUUUCUUCACAGGGGGGCAAGUGCAGACUCAGAGGGGAACAAAACAGUAAUAACAGCUGCUGUUCCACCAUACACGCCAGCGGAAUAACAAUCAGCGCCGGAUCAUACAGGCUUCGACUAACCUCUCAUCAUGUUCGUCAACAACAGCAGACAAAAUGGCUGGUGAGCAACCAUCAUGACCAAUAGAAAAUAACAGUAUAGGUGAUGGCCGAAAGGUGUUUUUGAGGUAAUUUGGGGCAGUGAUUCAUGCUGCCAUUUUCACUCUGUAGUUCAGGUAUGAUGGUUCGCACACAGACACAAAAGUAUUCAGCAGACAGCUGUAAGAGGGCCACUGGGAGAACAGGAAAAGAUGCAACAGUUUCCAGAUUCAAUGUUCUGUGAAAAGCCAUAAAGAGCCACGUGAAUGAGAAAAAAAUGUUCAAGAAGGUGCGGGAACAAUAGCAGACAUGGUGUAGAGUUGAGGUGGUGCCUGAGAUUGGAAAUUUAACUACUGGAUAAUUUUGGUGGUUUUUGUGUCUACUUCACACUACCAGAAGACUUGAUGUUUCUGCUGUAAUAGCAGGACAGUAUCCAGAGAGAAUUUCAUUUUCAUGUCUAGCUCAAGACUAGUCAGGUCCUAAACACGACACCAUGUCUGUCAGUAAGUCCCCCCCUUUUUUUUUCCUACAAAGGCUGAAACACAAUAAAAGUCCUCUUGUGACUUUUAACAUACAAAGAAUGUCUCUUUGUUGUAUUUUAUUCAGUAAAGUUGUGUGUAGGCUGUGUUCGGUCAACAAGGUAUUCAACCACCCAACCAGAGCAAUGUGAAGAAGGAGAAAGUAGCAGAGAAAUAGACAAAUACACGGACAGACAGACAAACAGAGACUUACACACAGCGACUAAAGAACAAGAGACAGCACAGACUUGAAGCAGCCACAGCAGAGUAAAAUGGUGGAGAUAUCUCAUGUUAGUAACAGCCACAUAUGUUCAAUUUGCAAGGCCCUGUAACAAUCUCUGCACAUGAAUAUCUUUUACUGACAUCAUUUGGAUCACAGAUGGUGCCCACCAAGAUUAAUAUGGAGUUCCACAUGGCUCAGUGCUUGGACCAAUUCUUUUCACCUUUCAUUUGGGCUUUCUCUAUGGAAUAUCACAAAUAAAAUCUUGAUAUAUUUUCAUGGAUAUGCUGAUGAUAUUUAAUUUUAUCUAUCACCAACUUGAAGCCUGCAUUUACAAAAUAAAGACCUGGAUGACCUGUAAUUUUUUGCCGCUUGAUUCUGACAACUGAAGAUACAGUUCUGGUCCCCAAACACAUCAGGGAGAUAUAUUUUCUAGUAAUAUAAAUGCAGAAGAUGGCAUUAGUCUGGCAUCAGGCACCACUGUUAAGAAUCUAGGAGGUUUUUUUGAUCAGGAUAUAUACCCUUUAACAAAGAAGAAAACCUAGCCAGAACAUGAGUUCCCUCUAAAUUUGGAUUACUGUCAUUUCUGUCUAUUAGGCUGUCCUAACAAGUCUUUAAAGACCUUAGCUGGUCCAAAACACUGAAGAUUGAGUGCUGACCCAAAUCAAGAGCGGAGAGCUUAUCUCUACUGUAUUCGUUUCUUUAGGAAAGAAUUUAAAACCCGUCAUCUGACUUACAGAGCUCUUCAUAGUUGGGCUUGUAAUUCCCUAUUACCAUACCAGAACAAGUGUGUAGGCAUGCUUGUCGUCUGUAGUCUGGGUGGCAGAGUCUUCUUAGUUAGGCAGACAUCCCCUCAACUUUUAAAAGUGCUUUAAAAUCUUCCUUUUCUGGUAAAGUUAGAGCUUUUCAGGUUUAGUCCUGCUUAUGCUGCUAUAGGAGCGGUUCUAUUCCUACAAGAUGGGACUUCAUCUUGUCCUAUCUUGAUGAUGUGUCUUUACAUAAUUAAGGGUAUGGUCUGAUCAGCUCACUUUGUCAAGCGUCUUAAGGUACAUUUUUUUCAUUUUUUCAAGAUUGACUGACCAUUAAUGGAAUUUGAUAAAGAAGAGAUUUAUAGGUCAAUUUCAUGUUGUAUCUUCGUAAGAAAUGGUACAGGAGUUCUCCACCAUACCAAGAAGCACUGCAAGCUUCCUAUUUUCACACCACUGCUUUUGUACACUUAUCGAUUUGGCUGCAGAAAACAUGGAAAGCCCUGAAGGGUUGAGGCAACUGCCAGCCGAGCCACAAGGCUGUGGUAAAAAUAAGGUGGGAAUUUGGUGAAGACAGACCUUUACUAGAGGAGACAGAAAUGAUUAUGUUGGAUUAUACAUCAUCCAAUCAUAGUUAUUUUCUUCUUUGUCUGUUUCACUCAUCUCCAACACGGAGACCCUGUGACUCAGAAGGAAAUCCAUCCUCUGGUCUCCUGAGCUGAAAGUCGAUAAGAUAGCGACCCACCCCCUCCUUGGACAACAUGCCUGUGUUAGCGUUCGUAUGUGUAUGUGUGUGUAAGCCCCACCCAUAGUCCCAGUGUGAAUCAACCAGUGCCAUCACUGCCAUUUUCCCACAGCUCCCACUCACUCUAGCCCAGCACAGAUACCAUCACAGUGAUAGACAUUCAUUACACAGCAGCAGAAUGAAUGGCACAGUGAAUAAAGAAAUGAAUGAAUGAGGAAGAGUGAAUGAAUGACUGGUAUGAAACUUCUUCCCCAUGCAGAAAAAAUCCCAAUAUACAUCAAACAAAAGGUAUGUAUAGCAUACAGCAUUACAACAUUGCCGUAGAUAGCAUUACAUUCACUCACACACACCCCGCUACAGCUAUGAGUUUAUUAUCCAGACCAUUGUUCUCAUAUCUCUGCUAUGAUCUCUGAACUAAUUGAAUUAGAUGGUGUUAUAGCUCAUUGUAAUGAUUGGAACAGAGGGAGCUCGAGAUUCAGCCAGCUGUUCUCUCUCUUGUCGUCCAGUGGCUCAUCUCUGUACAGGGACAGGUGUGUCUUAAUUACAGCUCCACAAGCCCAGAAAGAGAGGCGUGGAGGAUGAGGACAAAGGAUUUUAAUGAGGGGUGAGGGGUUAUGUGUGGAGGCAGAACCAUCUUUAUUUGAGUAUGUCUGUGUUAAUCCCUUCUAUCAAUCAGUCCAUUACCCCUAUCUUUGAACUAAAAGGAUUAAUUAAUCUAAAAAUGGAGGUGAUGAUUUUCAGCGGAGCGUUCCCACAGAGGUUCCUGUGAUUCCCUAUUACACUAUUUCUGAUGCUGUCAGCCAUGUAGUAACAGUCUACACAUGUAAAAGGCCCUGACAGAGGCUUUGAAGUGCUGCCUGUUCAGUUGAGUCUCUCUCCCUCACAGCUCUAUCAGGUGUAGCGGGGUGUCCAGUGAGCGAGCAGAGUGAUUAUAACCCGGUAAACUGUCUCCCUUAGGCAAGGGGAGCGUCCUCUGAAUACCAAAAAAGCUGCUUUUUCCUAAUGAGUGAGGCAGAAGACUCAGAGAGAGGGAGAGAAACUGAGACAGGAAGAAGUAGGCUCAUAAUCAAUCGAUCAGUUUAGAAUAAAUUAAAUGUAGUGAUCGAGAUUUUAAAUUACACUUAAAAAAAAAUCACUAUUUUAAUCAAAAAGUAAUUAUUAAAAUGAUGGUCAUUUGUUUCUUGCACCAAAGUGGUUUCUUUAUUUAGCGGAUUGAGGAUUAGUAUUUGUGAAAAAAUAGUCUGUUUUUUUUUUUAGCCUAAUAAUUUUGAGGAUUGGAUUAAUUUCAGCUUCUUCAUUCGACAGGUAAAUGAACUAGUGUAGGAGAUAAUACAAGACACAUGAGGCCAUCACUUUGAGUUCUACAAAAAUUGGACUUGAAUCACUUGAGAAACACUAAGUGCUGAUUUCAGCUCCAGUGGUUUUCCAUGGAUAUUUUGAUUGCAUAGAUUAAUUCAUAGUUGGUGUAUAACACAUGGAAAUGGAAAAUGAAAUUUCAUGUAUCAAUAACGAAGCCAAUGGGUAAAAGACAAAGAAAAUUUGAUAAAGGUUUCAAAUAAGCUCCUGUGUGAUUGGUAGCAAAACCCCAAAGACCAUCUGCCUCAAACCAGGCACCUUUAUAAGUUUAGAUCAUUUUUCCAAUAUCAGUCUGGCCCAGUUCAAAUGUGAUCAGAUUUUACAGAUUGGAUCUUGUGGCUGAUAAAAAAAAAACAGUGCUGCAGUGAGCUUGUUUUUUUUAACACCUACUAAUCUGGUUUCUCUUAUGAAAAGUCAACAAAAUCUCAGCCACAGGAGAGAGAGGUGCGCAUGGCUCGAUCGCACUGUUUGUCUGCUGCUGUUUUCAUCAUCAUGAUUUCAAAGUCUUUCUGACUUUCCACUAAAGAUACAGGAAGAAAAGACAUCCUUCUGAAAACUCUUCAGCUGAUCUUUCCUUUUGGCUCCUCAAGUGUUAUUGUUUACACCCUGUACCGUGUUAAAGGGUGUGGAGGCACACAAAUCAAUUCGAUUCAGAGGGGGACGUUAAAAUGUCACAACAGGACAAGAUGAUUGACACAGUAUGAAUUUAUACUGAUUGAUCUAUCCUCCCCCUGUGAGUAAGACAGCCUCACCUAUCUUGCGACAAGCUGACAGAAGCAAAGCAGUGACCUAUGAGUACAGCUCAGACCUGCGACAGGAAGUGAUUUAUCAUCCGUGCUGGACUGUGAGCGCUGCUAACAGCCUCUGGAGACGGUUUUCAUAAAGAGAGACACAGCCCAUUUGUUAUCGCUAUACAAGACCUGUGUGAUAAAGAACUACAAAAACCCCUCUUACUGGCACAGUCAGCUUUCAAACAUUUAACUUAUUUCUACAUGAGAAACUCUGGGAGUCUCUUUUCACACCAACUGCAGCCAAAAAUAAGUCUACCAAUGAAACCGAAACUGAUUUCUGUGCCUGAAGCUGACUCAUACACACUGAGCUCUGUCAUCCAGACUCUCUGAGACUCUGUGGUACUUCUCUGGCUCUCAUUUACGGGAUCACGUUAUACUCCAACACACACCAAGACUACUUAGCUGAAACUGAGCUCUGGCAGUUGUAGACACUCGCAUUUGGGCAUGGGGUCACACACUUGUCCAAUCACAAAUACAAAUAUACAGACAUAUUUAGGGUCACUUUUGAUCAGUAUUUCAGCAUAAAUUUCGUUUUCAACAGACCACAGCCUCAUAAACACUUUAUAAACUAAAAGUCUGCAGCUGAGUGAAGUUGUUUACCUCCUCAAACAGGAAUCUAAAAUAAAAACAAAUGGUUUGCAUUCUUUCCCUCUGCAUGAAUCACUUGCUGUCUAAUGUCAAAGAUUAAUUUUAGCAGGUGGCCUUCCUUAUCUUUGCUGUCGAGCAGCAACAUUUGAUACUGCUGGUCGUUGGACUCCAGCACCGCUCUGCCACACGGGUUUAUCAAACACUGUUGUUUUCAGAGUUAACCUCACUAGGAGAGAGAAAGAGCUUCUCUUUAAACCACAACAAAUCCACAACUUUACAACUUAUGCACAUCUUUAAACUUUUUUAUUCACUUUGGAGCUUCACUGACUUCUGCUGGCCAAUAUUAUGAUAAGGUAGAGGGUAAUGAUUUAGUAAUCAGGCCUAGUCUGGUUAAGCCAUAGUCUAUGCAGUAAGUGGUAGCAUGAGAGCACUGAUUUCCACCUAUUUUUAGCAGAUGAAGAGCUGUUAUUCUGGGGAUGCCCAAACAGGCCCUGAGCAGAGAGCACUGAGUACAGAAGUGCGUGUCUGUGAAGAUGUGUCUGUGUGUGAGAGUUUGUUUAUCCGAACAGGGAGUCUCCUUACCUUCUAUGGAUGGGGCUUGGUCCUGGGCUGCAUAGAGCGUUUCCUUAAACGCCUGUGGAGAAAAUGAGACAAAAAAAUUAAUUAUCAUGUGCACAAAUUGGGAAUUUAAGUACAAACAUUAGUACGAGUAACAAGUGUUUACAGUAAAUCAUGAAGCAUCACACAACUGUCAGGUCCAUCUGCUUUCAUAGAAGCAAUGAAACCAUCUGAAGCCAUUUGAGAGCCAUAAACUAAACUCUCAUUCUCCAUAUGGGAGGAUGACAGCAACCGCAACACAGCUGUUAACAUAAUCAACCACGCGCAAACCCUGGUGUUUUAAUGAUCUCAUUUACUCAAAUUAGAGAUGCACCAAUCCAUUCCGAUCCGAUACUGAUACCUGGACUGAGCUUAUCGGAUGAUGUCCAAUACUGAUCCAGUACUACCGUUGAAUGAAUACCUCUUGCCCUGUGAGUGAAGGCUUCAGGCUUGACAUUAGCCUUGUUUAAAAAAAAAAAGAGGUAACAUAAUAAAACAGAUUUACUUUAUAUUAGUUAUUAACAGAUAACAAAUUGCACAUUAGCACACAGCAAAAAGAAGUAAGACUUCCAUGUAAACAUUUAAUGCAAAAAAAUUGACAGACGUAGAAUAAAGAGCGAACAGAAUCGCUGUGUUGCUGUGUAAGAAAAAAGAAAAAACACUGGAUCAGAACGCUGGAUCGGAGUCAUUCAUCAGAUAUCCGAUCCAGCUAAUUUGUCAAUAUCAGAGCUGAUAUCCGAUCAGUGCAUCCCUAACUCAAACUAACACUAGUUGCGAAGAUGUGUCUAUAACAGUUUAAAAAACUUACAACAUAGAUCCACAUGAACUUAUCUUAGUCCAGUUGCCUGAUUUAUCUCUGUUCAUGAUAGAAGAUGACCACAAACCAGUAUGUGUCUCUUUCAGAAUCUUUCUCGUUCUUUCAUGAGACAUUUUGUGCUUUCCAAUCUAAAUGAAUAUUCUUCUUUGAUAAUUCUUAAGUCUGAUAGACCGCAGUUUUUCAUUAAAAGACCUGUGUAAUUCAAACUGUAUGCUGAGUAGAGGAAAGAUAGAGAGAUAGAAAGAUGGACUGAUGGACAAAAGGCGCAGAGAGAAUGAGAGCGAUAGUUGCAGUGGAUGAAUGAGGUUGUUUCUCUGCACAAGACAAUAAGAUUGAUCUUGAAGAUAAUGGAAACUGACAGAUAAUUGCAUGCCAGCUCAUCUGACAUAUCAGUGGCAAUCAGAGGAAAGACAGAGACUGAGUCCCCUUUGCUUGAUAAAGAUUAAGAAAUACAAGCUGCACUGGGUAAAUAGAAAAUAGGUCUGGGGCUUCAUUGUGCACUAUGUACCAAGUCAUGUCUUAACAUUUAGCGUAAAAUCUGCACCAUUUAAUAAAGUACACCGUCAGCUCAUAUUGUCAGUAAAUAAAAUCUGUCAUCCAGAUCUGGCCACCUGCAUGUUUCCUGACUCACCACUGAUCAAAUCAGAGUGCUCUCACUGUCCAGGUUUCGAUGUAACCCUCUGCUUUUGUAACAUCACAGUUAAAGGCCAGUGUGAGUAGUCCUGUGUGUGGGUGGAAACCACUCAGAAACUGCUGUACAUUAGCAGCAGCGACCUGCUCUCUUGCUGCUUAGCUCCCUCUGUGAGUUACAUGCACCGAAAAGGUCAACAUUUCAUUUGUGUGUAGCAUCAUCUCUGCCAUAUCUAUGAGAGCUCAUACAAACUCUACACACACAUUCUUAGUGCAUGUUCCAGUCCUAGAAGGCCUCUUUGAGCUAAAAGCCCCCCCUCCCUUGCCUAAUAGGUGGGAAAUAGAUGUUCAGAUUCAGGCAUGGAGGCAUCGCCAUGGUGAUGGUGGAGGGGGGUUGGGUUGGCUCUUUAGGGAAUCAAGAUAAACCUCGGGCUCGGCAGUAAUCAGUGCUGAAACCUGUAGACAAUAACUAAGCCAAGCCUAAUGGGGCCAUCAGUUCGAAUGACCAUGCAUUAGUGUGAUGAUGAUACAUACACACUAAAGCAAACAUGAGUGUAACACAAGUGUGCGACUGACAGUGCAGCGUGUGUAGUCGCCUGGAUCCUUUAAUAGGUGGGACACAUUGAGUGGACACAAACCAAAACAUUUGAGUAAAUCUUUCCUCUAGGAUGCUUCAGAUCAUCCUUCCUGUGCUUGAGGAGAUCACACGGUGUGCAUGCAGCGCUAGGCUGAAGGAGAUAUCGGCAUCAAAAAGAGCUCCUAAUGGAUCACUCCAAUCCGUGUCUGAGUGGAUUCCUGCUAGUAGACGGAGAAUUGAAGAGGAUGGAGAGAGAGGAUGCAGGGAGGGGAAAAGGGGAGUGGAGGGCAGGUCUCGUUGGGGACCAGAUGUCCUCCCAGUGGGGGAGGAACACUGAGGUGAGAAUGGAAAGGAGGAGGGAGGGGCAGAGGAGGGGCCCUCUCAGCAGUUACCAUGCAGUGCCUGUUGUUCAUACAUAAUGUUGAUAAUGUUAAACAUGCUAAUAAAUCACAACUUCAUAGCACAAAUCACACAUAAAGUGAGUACAUUUUAUGACCUUUUUUCAUUGUUUCUAUCACAAUAGAAACUUAAAGAGCUGGUGUAGACAUACUGACAUGGUGUAUAACUUGUUGGAACAAGCUGGGAUGACUCCCUGAAAUCACACAGGCAUCUGUUAUUCCUCACAUAAUAUCACUCUGCUUGUUUGAAUUGUAAAUGUGAGUGUCUACAUGCACUCUCCUCCUCCUCCUCCUCCUCAUCUAAGCUCACACAAGUGAUUAGACUGCAGAGGUAAAUGCAUAAGUGGCGUUGUUCUCCUGCCCACGCACCUGAAUCUACAUCUCUCGCUCUUUCUGUGUACCUCUAUUAUGUUCACUGUGCAUUAUGUAUUCAGGAUACAUCUGGAUUCAGCAGUUUCAAAGCCUUAUUAUCUACACUCACCUCACAUGAAAAGGAACAAGUUUGCUUUGCAGAGAAAAAAAUUCAGGCUUUCAAAAAAAACAAAAAACUUUUAUCACUCAAGAGUUUACGCAAUUAUUUCUGCACACAGCCUCUAUGCAUUUAAUGUCAGAUUCCCUCCCCAGCUAUUGACCUGCAACCUCUGUCCUUUAGCAUAUCACCUCUGGACAUGCACACCUCCAUAGCAAACAGCUGUUUAGCAUACAGGUUCAUAACCAUGAUUCCACAGGAUGAGGCACACGCCUAAUUAGUCCAUCAUUCAAUGGCCUUGUCGAUUCUUUCAUGGCUGAAUGAAGUGCCUCGGUACCGCAAGUGUGUCUUUGCUGGAUUGGCCACCAUGCCGCAUUCCUCUCAUUUGCAUAGAAACAGGCUGACCAAUCUAAAUAGACAGCACACAGUUUGCCACACAAAAGGAGGACAAUGAAAAGCGGGCAGUAGGUUAAUUAAUCCAACUGGCACACAAAAGCAAGACUAUCACUUUAAAAAUACUGUCGAUUAGGACGUGGGCAGCUGUAACAUGGCUCGUGUUCAAAUGUCAUUUUUCUGCAUUCUGCAAAAGACAUGUUAAUAGAAGGUUUGACAGAGGGGCUAUUUAUAACAGAGCUGCAUAAUCUUGUUUUCAGUGGCCCCUGCCACACCUAUUUGUAUGGUAAAUGACUGACACUGCCUAUGCAGCAGCACAGCAGCAUAUCAAGUCUAUGCAUUUUUCAGAACCAUAUUAAAAUUGAUUGCAUUCAAGUCUAGCUUAUUUCAGUGACCCACUUCUCUUACAUCAACUCACUUCAUUGCAUAACUUUUCUGCCCAUGCUUCCUGAUUCCAGAGAACAUAAGAGUGUUGAAACUAAUUUUCAUCAUCAUCAGCAGCUAAGAGCCCCACUCCCUGUUCCACCCACUCAGAAGGUGAUGAUGUUUACAGGGGUCCACUAAAACUGAGGGCAGCUAUAGUAACCCAAAAACCCACAUAUCCAUCACUGCUGCAAACACUAUAUAUAAUUCAGAUUUGAGACAGAAUACAAACCGUAUUCUUAAGGUCUGACCUUGUUGUUCUGCAUUAUUCAAGAAUUCAAGAACAGCUACACAUGCAGAGACAUGUCUCAGAGAUGGCUCGAUUUUCGGGAAGAUUGAAAAAAUCCUUGAUCCAAUGUGAAUUGUGUAUUUAUGGUGGGUCAGUUGUCUAACAGGAUUUCCUCUUUUCUUCUCGAUUGAACUCUAAAAAUAUUGAAGUGUUCAGUAAAGAUUGAAAAAGCCAAACAGAAAUUCAACACCGGUAUACUUUUCCAUUAAAAAAUGUGGUUUCUUUUGAAAACUUUGCAAGAUCUGCUCAUAUGUAAACAAAAUUGCAGUAAUACCUUAAGAGCUUAUCUUUUUACUUAAAUCGAAUUAUUUAAUGUUGCUAUCAUAAAUGUGUUGUCAAAAUAGUGUAAUCUUUAAAAUCAAAUUUCAAUUCAGGGUUAUUUUACUCAAAAUAAGUGAAGACCUUCAUUAAACGCAAAUGACGGAGAAAAUCUAUCAUCAUCCAUCUCAGGUCAGUGAGUGCGGCACUGAAAACUGGAGGUGUAAAAUGGCUGGUAUGUCUGUGCAUCUGUCCCUGUGCUGACUGUGUGUCAGUCUGUGCAUACAAAGACCCCACACAAGCUGGGCAUUAAUAAAUCUACACAACUGUUGUCCUUUUAUUAACUUUAUCUACCACAUUUCUGAGGUCUCUGUCUUAUUUCCUAUCAAGUUUUGAUUCCUGAAGAUGUUUUUUUAUGGCACAAUGAUGACCAUCUAUCACUCCUGUCAGCAAAGACAUAUCCACAUGUCUGCUGUAGCAAUUAUGCAACUUAUUCAUAACACUCAGGGCAUGUUUCCAAAAUAAAACCAGUGCAGUGAGCUUCUGUUGAGUCUGGAUGCAGGCUGCUGAUGUAGAAGAGAACAGUCUUUGUCUAUAAUUCAUAGAGCUAAAUGGAAGCCAGCAACCUGUCCUGUCACUGCACGUCUGCUCUAAAGCUCUUAAUGUAGAGCCAGCAGGGCAAAGAAGUGGGGUGUGAAACUAAAAUACUCUUCAAGUACUGUACACCAGCCAACAAAGACUAUGUUUGCACACACAGAGAGGUUCUUAUUUUAAAUCUACAGCCAUCAGAGAUCAGACAGGAUAUAACGUAAUAUUAAGUGCUGCAGGCUGACUCCAAGAGACAACCAUUCCUUUAAUAUUGAGGGAAAAAUCAAAUAAAAACGAGUUCACUACAUAAUAAUAUUAAACCCAUAUGCUUACAUUUUUUAUUUUAAGACAUAUAGGGCAUGUUGUGCUAAUUUAAGUUUUCUCUAAAAUAACUGAAGCAACUAGAAAUAAAACCGUUUCCCUUUUUUUUUCUUUAUGCCUCUCAGUUAUAUGACUGACUCCAACAUUUCAAAAGAUAAGAAAACAAAAUUAAAACGACUAAAAUGUUGUCUGUUAUUUUGCAAAGAAACUGCUAAAAAUACACAUACAAAGACGCUGGUGAUAUUAAUUAUUUAUUCUAUUUUUCGAAAUAUGUUUGCUAUAAAUGAUUAGAUUAAAAAGUACUUUUCUAAUGUAUUCCAGCAUUAAAUGAAUUUGAUUUUAAAGUUAAUUGUCCAUCAUGUGCAUUUAUAGGCUUUGUUAAUUCAGCAAAGAGCAAUUAAAGCGCUGAAUGCUCCCUAUGGCUUUUCCCGCAGUCUAUUUCCCCUUCAUAAACAAAAGGACAUCCUAUCUUUUCCUCGUCCUUUUGGUUUCAUGGAGAAAGCUUUCUCAGACUGAAAAUAAAAAUCAUACAGAUUUUGAAGCAGUGCCAAACAAAAUAAUGACUCUUCAAUACACUUUUUCAUAAAGGCAUUAUUACCUUUUUUCCUUCUACAAAUCCACCAGGUGUUUAUGACAAUAAAGGGUGAAAAUGUCACUUUACCUCAUACUGAAGAUACUGUUUCCUCCACUCCGGAGUGAUAUGAGACGAAAGAUGUUCCGCGAAUUUCAUUUUGCCGGAACAGGUAUCCCCUCAAACCUCCGCUAUAUCCAAGAGCGACUGUCCCCUUCCCCGUCAACGCGACUUUUGUUGUUUCAGUGAACUUGCUGGCUCAACAUGCGGCGCGUCAGCCCGGCACACUACGGUACUGCUGCUCUUCACUCCACUUCUGGCUCGUCCCGGUCAGCGCGCAGCCCGUCCCGCAUGCUACUUCACGGGAGGGACGGGAACGGUGGCUGCAGCCUCUCUUUCACAGGUGGUCAGACGGCAGAUUAACAGCGCCGGUGAGAGUGGCUCAGUGACUUUGCUCCGUCCCUCCCUGGGCAAGUCUGGGGACACUGCGGUCCGCCAUCGAAUUGAGCCACAGCGACGUGGUUGCGUCAGCAGAGCGCGCAGAGGCAGCGCCGGGUGCUUGUUGGGACCUCCACGGGAAAAGUAGUUUGCGGUGCAAUCCUCUGACUUUAGCUUGGUCUAUUAAGACUAAAUGAUCCUGGUAGACCAAUUCAGGGUGGAGAAGUCCGUGUUGAAAGGGUUUGUUGGCAGCGAAAAGAGGAGCGCAAAAUUUCACUCAUGAAUCAAAGCCUGAAAAAACACGUGAAAGCCUUAAUUCAACCUCGGGUUUGAGUCCAAUAAGCGUCCACAGUCUGUUCAAUGAUUUAAAAUAUGCCUGUUAAUAAUGUCCUUACAUCCCCUCGCUCUUUGGUCCAUCCACAGAAUUUAUCAAAUGAGACAGCGAACCAGUGGACGCUUUAAAACUCACAUUAGGAAACGUUUUAUACUCUGUAAAGCAGUUUCAAGAGAACUGAAUAAAAGACUAAUAUUUCUCUCAUGGAUCUUAUUGUGCUGUCCACUGCUCAAGUGCCUUGAAUUGUUGGCAAAGAUGAUGAUCUGCAUUCCUCUUUAACUAUUGAGGCUUUCCAACAGGUUGAAAUUAAGUGUUCAUGAAUGCCAACUUCUGCUUUUUUUCUGUUGAAUCAGGGUGAACCAUAACAGCUGCCUGAUGUAAAAACACCAGGUGGCAAACUAUCACUGUGCCAAGAGCGGCAUCUGCUGGACAAACAGCGCUUGUGCAUUUUUGCAACUUGAUAGUAAAUAUUCUCAAAAACGUUCACAUACGCUGUCUGGAAGCUUAUUUCAUCGGUGGUAUAAUCAGAAAGUCCUGCUCGACCCCUAUCAGUCCUUAUAAGUUCGAAAUAGUUGAUCAUUUCACCUAAAUUAGACUGCUGUAAUUCCACAGACAACAACGCGAUCAAGGGUUAAAGGAAUAUUCCGGUGUAAAAUUAAGUUAGGGUUAAACACACCAUAACACCAAGUUAGACACCCACUCGAGAGAUGAAUGUUGCCGACCGCUUGCUUCUUUAGUUAUACCAACUUUAGAAAUGACCGCAGAUAGCAAUACAGAGAGCCAUGCACUCCACAAAAAAGCCACUCUAUGCCACAAAUAAUGCUCAGCACAGCACCUAACUUCAUUAACAGUACAUAUGGGAUCUUAGCCAUAGCAUGAGACACCAAACAUCGAGACCUCCGGGUGAGUCCAUCGACUACAGCGGGGGUGACGCAGCUCAAGGAAGAACAUUUAUGAUCAUUACUUUAUGGAAAUACAAUCAGACAGAGACGCUGAGGCAGAUGAACUAUCGCGUCUGCAGUGCAAAAUGAUUAUGGUGAUUAUUACUUAAAGGAAAUGACAAAGUAAUGAUCACAAAUGUUCUUCCUUGAGCUGCGUCACCCCGCUGUAGUCAAUGGACUCGCCCGGAGGUGUGUUUGACCCGAACUUAAUAUUACGCAGGUAUAUCCCUUUAAAUUAAUUUUACCUGCGUUAUUGAAGCUAUCAACAGACAACUAUGUAUCAAACUAACAUCAGCAGGCUGUUUAUUACGCUUAGCUUAAAAUGCAUAUAUAUUUACCAUAGACUGUAUAUACUAUAUCUAGACAGUACCUAUAUACAGUACAUAUACAGCUUUAGAUUUCUUGGCUGUUUAUUCAUUUAAAAAAAAAAAAAAAAAUUAUUUGUGCGCGCGUAUUCACGAGGAUAAGAAAAAUAAAUCAGUGCACAUUGCAAAGAUAUUCCUGUAUGAUCAAGUUGUUGUUUCUCAGUUACUGUCCUAAAAGGAGCACAGCGGGACACACGCGGUAGAACAACCGGAACCUUUCUUUCUUAUCAGCUAGUUUACCCCGUGCUUUGAUUUGGCAGGACCGGAGACGGACCAACGGGGAGAAACAAAUCCGACUGUCACGGAAUCUUAACGAAGACGGAUUAACAGGCGAACUCUCCCCAAAAACACAGGUUCAGGCCGCUGUUUCACGCCGGUGUGCAGUAGGUUUUAAGGAUCCCCACGUGCGUUGUGGCUGGCGUUACGCGCGCGGUGUAAACAACAAUAACAAUGGCUUCUGGGUCACCGUCGUCCUCCCCGGACACUGCGACGGGCUCAGGUACAGAUCCAGCUCGACCGGACACGGGAGAACCCCUCGGUGGAGCAGGCUCUGACUCGGACUCGGACCUGGGUUUGGGUAAAUUUGACUGUAGCGCCGUGGAAAUGGGAGACAGGCUGGAGGGAGAGGAGCUGGAGCGGGAGUUCGAGUCUGCAGCCGGCCGCGUACGAGAUCUGGUUCAGACCGCCAGCAGAGACCAGCUGCUGUACCUGUACGCUCGAUAUAAACAGGUGAGGAUGGGAUUAGACUGCACUGAGGUUUUUGUAGACCGGCGACAUGUAGGAGCCGUUCAUAGCCCAGUGAACCCCCAAUGUUUUCACAUCUUGACAGGUGCAAUAGGCCCAGUCAACUAUGUGCUGAUUUGGCCUGUAUAGUUUAUAAUAAAACUGGAAAUUAUUGAAUAUAACUGAAUUAUUUGGACUUGUUUUGUUUCCAGGCCAAAGUGGGGAAGUGCAAUACACAAAAGCCUGGCUUCUUUGACUUUGAAGGACAGAGAAAAUGGUAAGUAACUCAAAUUACAGCUCCAUUUUCAAAUCAGUGAAUGUGUCUCUUAUGCCCCCAUGUUUGCAUGACACUAUAAACAUCCGUGAAAGCAUGGAUGAAACCCUGAUCCAUCCAUGCUUUUAUAACAUCCAGACUAGAUUAUCUGAUCCAAAGUCCUUAAUAAACUCCAAUACAAUCAGAACUCUGCUGCACCAACUCCCGAGAACACACCAGCCCUGUCCUCCAAAAACUGCACUGGCUCCCCAUCUCACACUACAUACAAUUCAAAAUCCUCCUGCUCACCCACAAAUCACUUAACAACAUGGCCCCCACCUGCCUCACAGACCUGCUCCACUACUACACCCCCUCCCGUACCCUCCAACCCUCAGAAGGAAAUCUUUUUACCGUACCUCCUUGGACCAAGCAUCAAACUUGGGGGGACAGAGCCUUCUCCGCUGCCGCCCCCAUUUGCUGGAAUUCACUCCCCAAACCCAUCUGAGACUUUCAAAUCACUCCUAAAAACACACCUUUUUAAAUUGUCUUUUAACCUGUGAACUGUUCUUUUAUUGUCUUCUCAUACUGUGUCUUUUUUAACCUUUUACAUUGUUGGUUUUAUUUCUCAAAUUGACUGUUUUAUUUUAUUUUAUUUUCUUCUUUUCCUUUAUGAGGAGUGUUUGAGCACCUGCAAAAGCGUGUUAUAAACAACAUUUAUUAUUAUUAUCAUUAUUACUAUAUGUAAGCCGUGGAUCACAAUAACAAAUAAAUACAUGGAAGAUUACAGCUGUUAUUCAUCUCUGCGAUGAUUGUGUUGUUACUACAGGCAAGCAUGGAAGCAGCUUGGAGACAUGGACGCAGAGCAGGCGAUGCAGGAGUACAUAUCCUGUGUCAAUGUGUUAGACCCUGAAGGCUGUACAAAGGUAAGGAGCACUGUGAGUGAGAAAUAAGGGCUGGUUCUCAAAGUGUGUCUUGUUUGUAUGUUUCAGCACCUAUGCAGUGUUGGACCAGUCUGUAUCAUGAUAUAUUGACUCUUUGGUAAACAUGCAGUAAAUAGAUGGAAGCAACAUGUUCUUAUGAAGACAGGCUUCUUCUAAGAGCAGGACAAGCUUUUAUGACUCUAGGGGAGAGGAGUAAAUGAAUUACAGACUAGGUAAAGAUAUAUCUGUCUGAUGUGAGUCUGAUGGGCUCAUCCUGUCACAUCAAACGAUCAGUGUAAGCUGAAAUUGACCCUUGUAGUAACUGAAACUGAAGGUCAAAUAUUGAGUCUAGAACCUGGAUGCUGCCACUACUGCUCAAGACAUAGACUGAGAGUCACAAAACUUGCUAAAUGAAAAAGAAAUCACCAUCAGCUUCAAGUGUAUUUCAGCGAACUAUCUAAGGUUUUUCAAAUUAACGUACGAUUGCAUCCAAACUCUGCGUCUCUAUUGCCAUAAAAAUCAAUGAAAUGUCAUUCAUAGUCAUUGUCCUCUAAGAUUCAAUUCUGCUUUUUGGCCAGCAGAGGUCAGUAUCACUGUGUCAUUCUGUCCCAUGCCUCUUUUGUACCUCUUUAUUCUGUACUUGCAGCAUGAAAAAUACAUGAGAGAUUAUGUCGUCCUCCUCAAUAGCUGACAUUUUGAGCUAUGAAUAAUGCAAAAAGAAAAAACUGUCAAAAUACGCAGUGUGCCUGUGUGUAUAGUGACUAAAGAGAGACUGUUUACAUGUCUGCGUACUGUCUUGUCAUGUCAAGAGACUGUGCCUGGAGACCUGUGUUGUCAUGGAUGGGUCGUCCUUGGGGGUGGCAGCAGACAAGCUAUAACAACAACUAAGUCCAGUUGGGGGAAUAAUAUUAACAGUAAAAUAGAAUAUGUGUGGUUCACGUCAAAAUGUGCUGUGAGUAAAUAUAAAUUUGGACAUGAUUGGAAAAAAAUAGUGUUAAUAGAGAUCAAACCAGAGAACAUGUCCAUAUUAUACAGCAGCAUUUUCAGUGGAUUAUUUCAAAGUAAUGAUAGAAUCACGUUAUCAUGUUAUUGACGAAGCUUCUGACAUUUUCGCAGGAUUUGCUGUCAAAUUUAAAACUACUCAUUUUCACUCUAAGUGUUUAGUGCAGAAGACAUAUUCCAGAUUUUAUGUCAGUGCUUGAUUAGACUAAAGAAAAUGUUUUUGAACUGAGUGUUUAUGGCUUUAAAACAUAGGACCACUGUUCAAGUUCCCUGAAUGACAACAUGUAAAUAAAUCCUGAAUGUCCUGAGCCUUGUAUAUCUCAGACCUCUUACAAAUUAAAUCUCAAACUUGUGAAAAAAGGACUGCUGCACCUUGUUGUUAUGUAUAUGUGCUGCAGCUUAUUAGAAAGCCUUCAUUUUGGAACCUGCUUUUUAUUGUAAACCACCAAAACCAAAAUUCUCUCCAGAAUGCCUUAAUAGAAAUUUUCCAGAGUUAACAACAAGGAUGUCCAAUUUGACCUACAGCAGUAUAUCGUCCCUAUCCCAACUUUUCUCUUCAUUUUCCUUCUCAAUGCUACCUGCUUCUCCUCCCUUUAAUCCUUCCUCCCAGCUUCUUUUCUUCCUCCUUUCCUCCUUUCCUCCCUACAACCCAUACCCUCCUUUCUUUUCUCUUUGCCUUCCAUGUUUAUGUCUCUUUAAUAGUGUCACUGUCAACCACAUGUUCAGUCCUGACACAUUCUUUUCUACUUUGGGGCAAUACUCGCUGACUCUGCCCCCUCAGCUGCACAAUACCGGCAGAGACACAGGCCAGUAGACGCAUAAAUGCUCCCCAACCUCCUCCCCAAGAAAGGAACCUGAUUGUAUUAGUGUUAACAAAGCACCACAGCGUGGCAGGGACUAUUCUUUCGCAGGCACAGUCAAAUGGUGAAAGUAGAAGUGCAUAGACAGAGAAGCAGGGGAGAGAAUAAUAGGCAGAAUUUGACCUCUGUUCCUGCCUCAAUUGUUGGGCAGACGCUGGCUCUAUAUUGCAUUAUACUGCAGAGGAGGCAGGGCCAGUGCAUCAGCGAAUAUUCUGAGUUUCUGAAGUGAAUUAGGUUGUCCCCAAAAGUGCACGCACAGUUGUUUUGGUUCGCUUGUCAUGUUCUCCCCCCACUCGGGCUAUUUUCUGAAAUCAGAUUUGUGCGGGUUGCUUUGUGAGGCGAGGUUGGUCUUUAAAGAAUAAUAAAGUCUCGGCUGAACUGAAUGUAGGAUAAAUUUCCAUAAAAAAACACAGAAGAUUUAACAAGAGUCACAAUUCAGGCACUGUAUAGGUUUUAUAACCCUUCUGUACAUAUUUUGGGCAAUUAAUAGCUAUGAGGUCAUGUCUGAACCCCCAGAGACUUUUUUCAAAACACAAUUUAAACUUUAUCUGGUUCAUGUGUUGACCUCUGAGGCUUUGGCUGAAAAGCUAUAGGCACAGUUAUUCAUGGUGAAUAGGUAGACUCAACCCUUUUGUAUUGCAUCUAUCACACACAACAAUAACAUCAGAACCUCUGUCAAUGUGGGAUAGCAUCACAGACUGAGACCAGGCUUUAAAAAGGUCUGUGUUUCAGAAGCAGGUUUAACAACAGUGAAAAACAUCGGAAGUGAAAAUGUCCAGCUUUAGCUUUACACGUGUAUGAGGUGGGUAUUUUUCUCUCAUGUGUCGCUGUCUUUUAUUUUAACAGGAAAGACGAGGAGCAGAAAGAAGAACGGGCUUUGGAGGAGCAGCUGUCAGCUCUCUGUACCAGGAAGAGAUGAUCAGGUAUUCACAAUGAGAGACACACAGAUUCAUGCUGCGACAUACAGGGAGACAAAGUCAUUCAGAGCUUUGUGCACAAGUAAGAAGAUUUUGAAAUCAGUUCUUAAUCUGACAGGGAGCUAAUGUAGGGAAUAUAGAACAAGCUGAUUCUUGGACGCAUGAAUUGCAUUUUCAGCAUCUAAAAUAGAGUUUUGAGAUACAUUUUCAGGUACUUACAGUCUGAUUUUCUGACUUGGUUGAUAUGGCCUUUAAACCUUUGAUAGAUGUCCACAAGGUAACCCAGAUAUUUUUGCUUAAUCUUUUCUAACUAAGGACAAAGAGCUGAGAUCAGAGUGAUUUCACCAAAAAUGACAUAGGUAGCAUUUUCAAGUGGGAAAAAAGGUCAAAGGAGGUAUGUGAUCGCUGCCAAAAAGAUGUUUAAUUAUUAAUUAUUUUUGGCUGUGGAUUCAGUCUUUGUGUUCAGACCAGAUUUGCUGCUUCUGUCAUAAGAUUCACCACACACUCUUCCACAUAUUAACGCUGAUUGUCAAGUUGCAUCAAAUUAUUGUCAGACAGUAAAUUUUAGUUGUGUAAAAAACAAAAAAAUCAAGGCAUCAUUUGGAAAGUUGUGUAACUUUCUGCAGAACAGACUGUGCUUACCAUCCAUCUGUGAAAGAUUUCAGUUAUCAGUCAACCAUGUCAGCAUCCAGGAGUCUUUCCUCCUUACUAGUCAUAGCUGCAUAGCCUGCAUACCAGCACAUACAUGGUCUCCUUUUUUCUUCCUCAGUGGGAAACGUUUAAAACAUCUUAAUUAACAAUAACUCUGAACCUUCUUAUAAAUAUCACGCAGCCCACAAAGUGCUCUCAUUAUGGCUUUGUUUGAAAAAAAAUAUAUAUACACUGACUGACACUAAUUGUCACAGGAUUUCAGCUGCUGCUAGAAAAUUACUUUGAAGAUCACCACAACAAUCAUAUCCAUCCUCCCUUUAAACCCCAGAAUAAACUGUUUUGGGUUAUUUUUACUAUAAGACAAAAAUAUAAAAUCCUUUUCUAAAAUUGCCUUUAGGGAGAGUAAGCAGUGUCGUGAAUCUUUGCAUAAUUGAAGUAAUUGAUUUUGUGCAUCUGAGUAAUGUGUGAGUGGGAUCAUAUAAAGAUAGAAUAACAGUGGUCCAAGUAUCUACCCUUUGCGAACACUGCACCCCUGCUUUUGUUCAGUCUCCACCGGUGUCUUGUAUACUUUCAGACCCAUAUUGUAGAUUGUUGUCCUACUUGUCGUGCACACUCCCUAACUCCUUAGGAUGUGUGUUUUUAAUAAACAUAACUUAUUGUUACACUUCAAACAAUUAGUAUGGUCUAGACUUGCUCUUUUGGAAAGCGCCUCAAGGUAACAAUUGUUGUGAUUUGGCACUAUGUAAAUAAAAAUUGAUUGAUUGAAUAAGCAAAGCAUCGCAUAUUUAAUUCCCAGUUAAGAAAAUGCUGGAAUAGACUCGACUCUCCUCCACCUGCGACUCAACGCGUCUUGAAUCCUAGAGUCAACUUGGUCUGGCUUGACAUUGUUAACCACUGAUCUUGAUGCUGUGUUCGAUGUCCUACCGACCAAAUCGGCAGUAAGGGCCCCGAGAUGUCACAUAGUUCUGAUUUAUGUUAAUGAAAAAUAUUCUCCAUUUACUUCUGCCUGGCAGACUUACUCAAGCUGAAAAAGCUCAUCUUCAUCUCAAUGAAAAAGGAGCUCUUUUGGAGAUGAAAAUGAGACAAGCGAAUCCUGCAGGUCUUUCCUUUAAAUGGCUGCAUGUGAUUAGUAUGCACAGACUCAAGAUGAGCCAGCCAGGGUCUCCCCUUUUUAAUUACGGUACGAUUUGGUGGGCACUUUUGGGAGGAGGGGGUGAUGAAGACAUGCCGGGUACAGCAGAGGGAGGGAGGUACAGAAGGUUUCCCAGCUCGCUGCUUCCUUUGGUGAUCUCCAGCAGCAUCAAGGUCUCAAGGGAAGCCAGAAAGGAGGAAGUCAUUAAUACGGCACCGCACAUGUAAACAUAAACUUGCCGCUAUACGUUGACGCCAUCGCGUCUGAAUUGGUGCAUAACCUGCCGGAACUGUCACACUCACUGCUCUGCUGCAUUUCAAUUUCCUCUCUUACACACACACAUGCACACACUCCAUAUUAAACAUCCAAGCACCUGUUAACCAGACAGAGUUAAUUGCUUUGCUCACUGCUCAUCUCAAUCUGUGUGUGUGUGUUUGUGUGUCUGUGUGUCUGUGUAGUGUAUCGACAAAAGCAGGAUUGAUUAGCAAUAUUCUUGGACUAGUGAGCUGAUCAGAGUGUGAUUGAAGAGGCUUUGAAUGCUACAUUUGUUACCUGCUCUCCCACCUUGAAAGAGGAUUCUGAUAAACACUAAGUGGGUUGAGUUGUGUGGACCUUCUGCUGGAAACUGCUGCUGAGUUAUUUUCAUUGUUUCUCCUCCUCCUUCCAUAGAGCUCAGCCAUGUUGGAAAGCGUUCACCGGGAUCCUAUAGUGGACGCUAUGACAGAUUGUGUAGGUGUGCGUGUGUGUGUGUGAUGGAUGGUGUGGUGGUGGCGUUGAUCAGGGUGAAGCUCAGGCCAGGUAGAUGAGUGUUCUCCACAACUAUGGCCAGUUUUGCCUGAUGGAUGAAGGACAUAUCUGCAGCUACACCAGACCGGCCCGCACACGUGUGAGCCUGUAGCACUCCCACACACAUCUACGCACAUACAUACACACACACACACACAAACAAAAACCCUUGGAACCCUAGCUGCUGUGAUGACAGAGUAGCCUGUGACCUUCCCAGCAUGCAUUGCGGUGCUGUUGAUGUCACUUCGUUUACCAGAGGCACAUUAAUCAUUUGUUUGUUUGUAGCUUGUGUGUCUCAGUGUGGUACAGGUGUGUGUAUGUGUGUGUGUGUGACUGCUCUUUCUAAGCAGUCAGGCGUGUUUUCAUAAACUUAUUCUAUACUUCGGUAUGUACAUGUGCUGUAUUUAUGUAUAUAUGAGAGUAUGUCAUGAAGCAGCCAGGCCGGCCAUGUCUGACCAUCAUCGAAAGACCGAUGAGCCGGCUUAUUGAUUAGAUGCCGAGGAGACGGAUGGCGGCCACACAUCAGGGACACUCGAGGUCACCAUGGCCAUCAGACAAGGAAGUAGGUGUGUCCCGGUGUGGGGACUCAUGAAUAAACAUAGUGCUGGUAAUCAGGAGUAUGUAAAUGAAUGUGCUCAUACAUAACCCAGCAGCAAUAAAAGUGUAAUGAGUUAUUCAUAAUUCAUCACAGGCUGAUGAGGAGGUGGCGGGGAAGAGGGAGGGGAGGAACCGGAGAAUUGGCAGAGAAGCUUGUAGAUGAAAAGCUGAAGAAAGGGAAGUACAGGGGUUCAUUAAAGAACAAACAGCAGACAAAACUUUGCUUGUGUCUGCUGUUUGCUAACAAUGGAAAACAGUUGGUUGUGAGUUUUGUCUCGACUGGGGAAAGUUUUAUGUUGUGGUUGAUCAAACAUAUGGAGAGAGAGUUGAUGUUGAGGGGGCAGUGGCUCACAUCAGGGCUGAGAUUUGUUUCCAUUUAAGUCUAUAUCGAAGAACCUAGACAUUACAGAUAAAGAAGUAAUUUUUUGAAGUUUACAUAGGGCUUGUUUGUUUUUUCAAACUUUAAAUAGUUUAGAUUUUGUCAGGGGGUGAGAGUUUGGUCAUUUGGUCAAGUGAUUGACUGCACACGCUGAUACUUCCUGCAUCUUUUACUGCAAAGACUUUUGAUAAGCAACACUAUCUACACAUGUGCAAACUAGAGCAAAGUCAGCAAAAGGGAUCCCAAAAUCUUCAGAAACCAAAAGUUCCUCACAGAAACUUGAAUUCAUUAACAAAAAUCAACCCUGACACAUGUUGGUGAGAAAACCCUGGUAGCUUUUUUUAUCCAAGAUUCAAUUUGUCAUCAUUGCAUUGACUACCAAUUAAUUCAAUUCAUAGAUAUUCACUGAUCUGCCAUUGUUGAGUUCUUGAGUUUUGAUCCAUUAAGAUUCACAAGUCUCUGCUUUUAUGCUCUUACUGUCAUUUACAAUUGUGAGUUUCUUCUUCAGUAAAACUAAGCAGGUGUGAAAUAACAGCCAUUUAAGGGGGAAGUGUUGUACCACACUAAAGUCAUAAGGUGGUGUUGUACUGUUUAACUAAAAAUAUACAGUAGCUAUAACCUGUCUAUCAUGAGUGGCAGAGCAUAAAAAUAAAAAGCCUUCUGGCAUAGGUACAGAGCCAUUACAGACGUAAAGAUACAGUGAAACCACUAGAAAGGCGAGGAGGGGGUUCACUAAUGCAAAAUACUCACUCCUCUCAGAAUUACAUUGUGAAUUUAUUACACCAUAUACUCUGGUAUCUUUCAAUAUUCACGUUUUUUACAUAUCAUUCACCACAAAAGAGGAAAACAUAAAAGUUAAUUUUUCAAAGAUGGCGCUCCAAGUGAGUGUAGUUUCAGAAAAGCAUGAACCCAUCCCCUUUUUUUUAACAUGACUGCUGAGCUUUGUAUCAAUAGGACUGACAGUGUAGGGGUAACAUGACUAUGACUUUGUUAAAGCCACAAACUCAACAAAUGAGCUUCAACAGCACCCUCAGACCUAAUGCAAGUUACACCCCAUGGUGUCUCCUGUGUGUGUGUCUGGGACCAUGCUUGAUCCCAGGGUCUCCUGGGUCCAGGUGAGGCAAAACCAUUAAGCAUCCCAGACGGGAACAGGGGGUAGGGUUUGGCCUUGGGGGAUGACUGACACACUGCGUGGGAGUGGUGAAGCAGUGGGUACACCAGGUUUCAGUCGGACAAUAGAGCACAAAAUUCAAUUAAUGUGAAUGGCCAGCAUGAGUAAGAAGGAGAGAGAGGCGUGAAGCUCUAAAUGAGAUUUCACCCCUUCUCUCCCUUCACCACAACCUGCCCCCCCACUACUCCCCCCCAGCAUUCACUCCAGUCCCCAAUGCCAGGAGGUGAUUAGAGACAGAGAUAUGAUCAGAGGUGGGAUGGCGCUGCUGUGGGUGUGUGUGUGUGUAUGUGUGUGUGGGUGGGUGUGUGUAAGAUGCCAGCGUUCCCCAGGGACGCGGCACGUGUGGCCAUGUUGCUAAACACUGAUUUGGUGAUAUCUGUCAUUGUGGAUGAGUGAACUAUUAUUUGUGAUCAAAUAUACAGUUUAAGUCAUUUGACAGUAACACAUUUUGAAAACAUUUAAUCUUCCAUCCUGGGAAACAUAUUAAGCACACUUUUGCUCAGAACAGUUUUGAGAGGAGAGAAAAAGAUCAAAUAAAUAAUGUUCACAGUGAGUCGCUUAAACACUGAAUUUCCACCAAGCGGUUAAAAUGAGCUCCUUAGGGUAAAACAAUUAAAAAUACUGAAAGCUGAGAAAGAUAUGCAAUAAAAAAAUGUAGCACUUUUUUGCCACUUCUCUGCUGAGCAAACUGAUACUGAUAGAGAGCAGGGGGAAGGAGAGCUUGUACCAAAUCAGAUCUCUCCUAUUCUGCUUUUAUUUGAUCUGUAGGCUAAACUGCUGUAGCUCAAUGUAUUUUGAUUUUUCAAACCCUUUUUUUCAUAUCAGGAAAUGCUAAGAGUACUGGUUUCAUUGUGUUGGUUUAGCGUCUCCUGAAAUCCAAACCAAAACACUUGACAUUUGUCCACUGAAAACAAACCAACCUCAAUCAAAGUCAUCUGGUUCUCCCUCACUAUUUGAAGGUCCAAAAUAAACCCAAAAACAAGUACGGCUGCUGAGUUUAUUCCUUUAACACUCUCUGUCUUUGUCUCUUUUUUCUGUUUUCCAGGGAAGAAGAUAAGAACAUAUUUGACUACUGCAGAGAAAAUAACAUCGACCACAUCAACAAGGCCAUCAGCUCCCAGACAGUGGAUGUCAACACUAAAGAUGAAGAGGUAACUAAAACUAUUUGUGUCUACAUAAACCAACUCUGUGAUUAAUAUACAUGAUGUGGGUAAAUGGUGACAUUACAAGCCCCCACAGAAGAAACAUUGUUCUGCUGAAGUGUCCUUUAAACAACAAGUGGUCUGUACAAGCUGCAUGGUCGGUGCAUGUGAUGUGAUCGUCUAUAUGCAGAGGUCAGGUGAAGAUGAUCAGUAGAAUAUCAUUGAAAAUACAGGUCACUGUGGGACAGUUCAUGCCGCAUUCAUUACAUAAUGGUUUCAAUGAUCUGAAGCCACAGACACCUGGGAACCUCUCCUCGGGUUCAGAUUUGUAUAUUGUGUGAACGGCUUUUACCAUCACGCCAUGUUUUCCAGAUUGACCCCGAAAUCCAUUCAUCUGCCCCAGAUUCAUCUCAGUUUGGGCCAAAUGGCUCGCUCGCUGCCUCUCUUUCAUCACCGCAGCUCUGCAGAUAAGCAGGCAGGCGGCUGGAGAGUUCCCAGCCAAAGGCCAGAUGGUUGAGGGACCUCGGUGGAGACAGCUUUGUCUGUUCACUGCCCUCGUCUUCUCACCUGCAGUACAGCUUGUUUAACAGCAGAGGGCAGUGGUGAAGUUUCACAUCAGUAUAAAACCCAGACCUGAUUUUACAGCUCAGGCAGGCAGGAAAAGAAGCAGAAAGAGGGUCUGACCCAGCACUUAGUCUCCAAGUUGGUAGCCAAGUGUUCAGCUGUAUGGUUGGUUGUUGCAAACAAAGCAUAAACAUUCGUAAAUAAUGAUCUAAUUUGGUCAUUCAAAGGAAUUCUACUCUGCUAUUCUUCACAGGGCCCUGAAUUCUGGAUCAUAAAGGCAAAAGCAUCGCAGUCAUAUUUAAGUAGCACAGGAACAGAGACAGUUACGAUAUCAUAUAUUUAUGAAAUGGCAGUUCCUCUACAUGAAGAUAUCUUCAUAGGAUUAUUGUUAAUGAAGUCCAGUAAUAAGAUCUUGACAGGACAUGUAUCUUCAUACGCUAAAACUUUUUGGAAAGACACAUACUUUGCAAAAAUGUUACUGAGUCAUAGCAAGGACGAUGACAAUGUCAGUUUUAAUUCAUGUUUGUUAAAGUUUAGAAACGGUAGUAAAAGAGUAAUAACAGAUUAAACAUUAUACUUGUGUAUAUAUAAAUAUUGACUGUUGGGUUAAAUAUUCUGUAGUUAUAAAAUGCUGGCCCCAAUAAUCAAAAAUUGAAAAGUAAUAUUUCUAAAGCAAAAUAAAUGUAAUUGAGUGCCCUAUGUUAUAUAUAUUUAUCAUCCUGAAUUGCGGGACACGAUGACCACAUGGCUUCUAUUUCAUAGCAGCACUGAGGAUUAUGAGCACCAUGGGUUUGUUGAAUGACCCCACAGUCAGCCAAAAACUAGUCCACAGAGGAAACAAGCUUAUCAUCAACAGAAGUUGUGGAAUAAAACCCUAAAAUGGACCCAAACCCCUAGAAACUGACCAAGAUUCAAGUAAAUGUAGCCUUUGGGUGCUCUGUUGAAGUGACUACAGUGUUUAGUUUGACUUGACUGUGACCCAGGUUUAGAUGUGACUUACUAAAGAGUGGCAUCUGUUAAAAAUGUGGCAGUCCUCAUGUUUUAUGCAAAUUCCACUAUGUAAACUUCAAGUGUUUAUUGGGGAUAGAGAGAAAGAAGAGUCAGAAGAGACUUUUAGUAAAGGGUAGGGUAUUUAUGUUGUUCUUUCUGUGUGUAUGAUCAGAUCAGAGAAGUUCCCACCUUUACCUUUCCUCUUACAUUUCUCCUGCUCUCCUGUCGUUCUCACCCUGUGAUGAAGAACAGUGAAGGUUUUGCCCAUUCAUCUUCUUGAACUGAGUGUUUUGCGCACUUUGAUUCACCCUCUUAGGCUGGACUUUUUCAACCCUGAUCAGGAGGAGUGAUCAUAAUCUGGAAAAACCCAAAAUUUGAAUGCAACACUCACGCUCAUCCUCCUCCCUGACACAGAUUUGGGUCAAGAGUAUCAAACUCCUGGAGGAAAAUAUGGAGAGCAGUCAAGCAGCGCACCUGAAAGACGGCGAGAAGGAGUGAGUGAGUGAGGGAGCGAGAGACCAACUUAUUUGUAUUCAGGCCUGGCUCAUAAGUCUCCAUUUUAACAUGCAGCCGUGGUGAUCAAUAUGAUUUAAGCAACAGAAUUAGACUUGGAGAGUUUGCUUUACCUAAUUGGCCUCGCUGAAAAAUGAGCUCCUGUGGUUUUAUUAGAACAAGGAUCUUGGACCUGAGGAGAGUGUGUUUGUGUUAGUGAGUGUGUGUGCUUGUAUGUAUGUUUAUGCAAGAGAGGCAGUGAGGGGUUGCUGAUCUGGAGACUGCUCUUUGUUUUGUGCACACUGUCCCAUCAAUCAGGCUUUACAGACUGUGUUUGCAGGCUACUGUGAUCCUCCUACGCAGGGUAGAAGGGUGACAUUAGGGAAUGACAGCCUAAAACAACUUCAUGCAUUCACAGAUUUGAAGACAUCAAUGCUGUUUAAAGUCUGUCUUCAAAUAUUUGCACAUACCUUUGUAAGUUUGAUAGUUGCUGUAUGAUAAUUCUGUUCUGGUUCACAGGGCCGGGCUCUCUUGCACUGGGCCUGUGACAGAGGACACAAGGAGCUGGUGUCGGUAUUACUGCAGCAUAAAGCAGACAUCAACUGUCAGGUGAGCAGCAUGUUUCUCUACACCCUGUCUCUCUUUCUCAGAUAAAACAUUACUUUUCAAUACAACUUUUACUCAAGUGAAGACUUGUGAUUUUGGCACCAUGAUAGUUGAAGUAGUUGCUAUUUUGCAUUCAGCAGCUACAUCCUAAAUGGUUACUUGAGACUUUGUUUAAGCUUCUCAGGAGCAAGAUCUGGAGUUUUAAAAUGUAGGACAGUGAGCCUUUCUGUGGAGGACAUAAAAGAACAGCAGCCUUUCCUUUUCAGCCCCCCAGUGCAGGGUGUUUCAGCAAUAGACUUUAUUUCUUAACAUCUUCUUCUAACCAGCUUUUAUAAGCACUUUUAAGUUUUUUAAUGUUGUUUGAACGUCAUUUCCGUGUUGAACAACACAUUAAUUGGACUCAGCAUUAACCCUCUGCAAUACAUUGGUCAAAAUGACUGUAGAUUUUACCAGCUAUAGUCUCACUUUGUACGGCCUAUCACUGCAUUUUUAGUCAGAACGUUUUUGAGUCAUGACUUCGAACUGUGCAUGCUGCAGCUUUGUAGAUGACUAACUAACAUCAUGCGUGCACCGUCUUUGCUUUCGUCAGUCUGCACCUUUGAGGCGAGUAAUUGGUUUUUGGCCUGUAGUUUAAUUAGAGAUGUGGUACUUUCCAGACUUGGCAUUGCGUAACCCCACUGGAUGGGCUUUAUCAGUCAGUGGUUAUCUACAGUGCUUCAUAUCUACUUUAAUUUCUCCCAUGACCAGAGCUUCUCACACUCCUACUGCUUAGUCCCCAAACUUGAAAACUUGCUCCCACACAUGUUGAUGAGUGUGUAGCCUACAUAGUCUCAUGUUCAUUUUCAAGCACCUCUUGGUUAAUCACAUUCUGUAAAAGUAGAACAUGAUUGAGAACAAGUGACAAAAUGUCAAGCUUUAAAUGGCCACGGUUAUACUUCUUCCUUUUUCUAUUCGCUCCAGAGUUCCUCUCAUCUCUCUCUUUCUCUGUGUGCUUAACUAUUGACUGUAUAUGACUGUAUAUCAAUACGGACACAGUAUCUCCAUGCUCCUCCCAUUGAGUGUGAUAAGCCAAAGUAUAGCCAUGAUAGGCUCUGACAAAGCGUGUCAGUGGAACCUUAGUUCCAAAGAACUUGCUUAAUUCCUCUGGUUGGUACAAUUCACAGUAGAACAUAUUCUUGUGUUGGUUGGAAGCAGACACUCAUGGUUGUUAAAAAGUUUAAAGACCCUUGAGUGAGUGUUUGUUUCGUUUUCUCUCUUUGUUCCUCCUCUAUUCUGCUAACCCAGUAAAUAAUACUGCAGGUUGUUGAGAAAGCCAAUAAACGGUCGUCUUCUCAAUAUCAAAUUCCUAUAACUUCUCAGAAAACAAGUGAUUGCCAAUAAACCAGCAUGAUAUGAGCUAACCAUAAUGACUGCAAGCAUGUUUAAAAAGUUACUUAUCUAGUUUAUCUCAAAUUCCAUCUGUUUGCAUGGGAAAGGCUUAAAUUUUCUGUUUUUACAAAAUAUCGAGUCAUUGUCCUUGACACUUUGCAGAUGUUUUUGUUUAAUUUUCUCUCCCCCUCCACCUCCCCUGAAGUCCUGUGGCAGCCCCCGGGGGGAGGUGCACUUCACACCUUGAAAACCGCCGAGCUAAAUUAAAGGAAAGCGCUGCAGAAAUAUUCUCAGUGAAACCAGAGGAAAUGGAAAAGCUCAUUUUCAGGUUAACAGAGAACAUCUAUCAGAUUCAAAUGAUCAAAGUGCUAAAUUUAUUCAAAGUGAAAGCUAGAAACAGUUUCUCUUUGAGGAGUUACAUCAACAUUCACAACACUUACAGUCUCGUUUUUUUCAUUUGGCACAAAUUUCUCAGAUUGAAAAUUUCCGUUUGUUUAAUCCAUUGAAGUGAUUGAAUAGAUGUAUAACAUUUCCUUACAUCAUAAUAGCACGGUGAGAUACGUGUUUGAGUUUCUAAUAGAUGGGAAUGAAAGGGAACACACAAUUCUGUACACAUCGAACCCAAACCAAAGACAAAAUCGUGAAAUCUCCUACAUCCCCGCUGCCCUCUUCGCUCGCUCCAUCCCCUCCAGAAGGUCACCUUUAAUUCACUUUGUGCCGCAGACAAAUCCCUCAGGACUUUAGCAGACAGAGUUAGCUGGUAGCUAGCAUGGUGUUUAGCCUCUCUGAGGUUUUAGCAGCGUCCAGGAGGCUUUAGCUUUGGCGGUAAGCUGGCUCAGCUGCACAUCGGAGAAAUUACCACUCCUCUCCUCUGCCCAGCAUGACACAAUGCAGCUCAGCGCGCCGCACACUGAGGCUUUAACUGCAAGGCCGAAUCAAUUGGAAGUAAUCAGGCAAAUUGUUUCACGUUGCACAACCAACAUAAUCAGGACAUUUCACAAAUGACUUUCUCUUUUGUGGUCAUGCAUGGCCUCUUUUGUUUUGAAUGCUGGCAGAGGAGGAGGAGGGGGGGAUUUGUGGUGAAUUGUUCAUAAAAGACUUAACAGUGGGAUAACUACGAAACACUUCACUAAUGAUUUAGAGCCAUAUCAAGAUAAUGACAGCAGAGGAUGAGGGAUGUAUAGAUGGAGGCUUUUGUCCUUUUGUAAGAGGUAUUGUAUUUACAGUCAUGUAUUCAUCAUUAAAAUACCAAUUGUUACCAUCAUGUGCCAAGAGGUGGGAAAAGGAAAUCUGGACAGGGAGUGAAAACAAGAGUACACUUCUAAUUCAUUUGCAUUGAACUUUUUUUCAGAUUUUACAACUUUCUGUAUCAAAUAUACAGAGGGAAAUAGUUUUACAUUUGGUGUUCCCAAUAUUUGUUAAAGAGAAAACAGACGAAUGAUGUGAACUUGGAUUUUAUUGCGUAUUUUUUAAUCCUGUCUGGCUUUAAAAAUGAACUUUUAAGAGCUGAAAGAUAGUAUAAAUUAGGUAUUACUUUAAAUUACAGUAGUGGAUUAAGAGGCAAAUUUUAUCCUCAAGAGUGCAGAUAUACUCUGAAUUCAGACAUCUAGGCUAUCAAGACCUUUCCACUUGGCUGUCUCUCAGGUGUCAGAGGAAGCAGGACAGGAUUUCAGAGACACUGGACCUCUGCCGCAGAGCUACUGGGAGCAGAUUUAUGAGGUAGCGAAGAGGUGGCUGAAAGAAAAAUAUAGUCAGCUAAAUCAUACCACUCUGUCGCAAUGCCAAAUUAUCUCACUGUGGAGAGCUUACAGAACAAUAUGCUCCUCAUUAGAACCUGCUCGAACAUCCUUUUAUUUCGUUUCCCUCUGUGGGGUGAGGUCAACGGGGGAAAGACAUUCAUUUAGAGAAAGACCAAAUAAAACCAAGAGUCAGGGAGGUUCUGUGUGUUCAUGAGCGGAAUAGAGGAAUGUUGGAGAUGUUUGCAGGCUAUAAGAGCCACCAGUAAUCUAGUCUGACCUAUACUAACUGCAGAGCAACCAGUAAAUAAAGAUCAAACAUGAUUUAUGCUUAAUUUGUUGAUUAAAAAAGGGAGGGGGGACUUAAGAGUUUAAACAAAAAGUAUUAUUUGCCCAGAAGAGGAGGAAAUUGUUUGAAAUUAAUCAACUGAUUGUUUUAGUAAAUUGUCCCCAAACCCUGAUAACCUGCAUUAAGGGCUUGUUUGAUAGUUAAUCCUGGAUCAAGGCGGGGACGGACUACAAUAGGUAGCUGUUUGUGUGUGUGUGUGUGUGUGUGUGUGUGUGUGUGUGUGUGUGUGUGUGUGUGUGUGUGUGUGUUUGUGUGUGUGUGUGUGUGUGUCUGUGUGUGUGUGAAUAUGCAGAUCACAGCUGUACCACCUGCCAACUGUAGCUCAGGCCUUGUUGUUGGUGCAGGACGUGAACCUCCCCCUCCUCCUCUCUGUAUCGUUGCCCCCUCAGCUAAUACUCACAGAGAAAGUGGAGCACAGAUCACAAACUGUGGGAAAGAUGACAGUUAAACCUCUCUUAAUAUAAUAAUGGAAAUUAAGGCUUAAACUCUGGACUUACAGUCUGUGUGUGAGAAUGUGUUUAAGAGCAUUAAUGCAGCAUUAGCUCAAGUUUAGCACAUUCCAUCAUAUAAACGCAGAUAAAUAAAUAAAAACUGCUUCAACUUGGAGGAGAAAUUUGAUUUUUAUACAGGUGUAUACAGGUAAUAUCAAAUAUCAGUUUCUGAGAGUAGCCUCACAUCCUUGUUCAAACAGAAGUUUGUAAAACAGAUGGUAAGGAUUCAAAGAAAAGUUCUUUAUUAAUAAAAGUGACAAAUCAAAAGAAAAGAUAAUAAGAAUUAACAUAACAGAACUUGAUAAACGUAAUAGAAUUAAAACUCAGUUAAAAGAUUCUGUCUUUAGUAGAAAUUAUGUCGUAAGGAUUGAACGUGACAAGAUUACAAAACAACAUAAACCAUUGAGAUGUGGAUGAAGGAAAUUGAAACAAUCUAGUAAAUCUAGUAAAGAGUUUGAUAAUGUUUGGUGACAAACAUUUUAAACAUUUAGGCUUUUUUUGUUGUUGUUGCUAAAUAGGACAGAUUCAGAGAGUCAGGGCAUGUAGUUUAAUGGCCAAGAGACCAGCAAUGUAUUGAAUUGUAAUUGUUUAUUUUGAACAUGUUAAGAGAAAAGUGAAGAAAAAAAUAUACAGUAUAUAAAUCCAUAAGUACAUAUACAUAUACACUCAUACAUAAAAACAACUACAAACUUACACACAGGCAGAUAUAAAAAGAAAAUGUAAAAAAUGAAAUACACAAACCAUUUCAAACCUGUGUAAACUCUGUUUACAUAUCAGAAUAGAAGUAGGAAGAAGUAUAACUAUUAAAUCCCCAAAAAAUAAAUAAAAUGCAAUGUAAAAUGUUGCAUGUGUCUUCUAAAACGUCCUUUCUUAUGUUCAGAGUUAUUUACCAUAAGUUAGAAAUUCUGUGGAUGAUGACACUAUGAAGACUUCUUUAGAAAUAGAUCUGUGAAAAUAAACUACAUCAUUGAACGUAAUCCCCCUCACUAGUUGGCACCAGAAUGAUGAUUUGAUUUAACAAAUAAGUCACAGUUUUAUCAUUGUUGGCAGGUUAUAUGCAUUGUUGUCUUGGCUCCAGCACAGCCACUCAUGACAUGGGGGUUCAGUGGCACAAGCUAAUGGCUUCAGCUAUGAUAGUCAAAUACUCAGAUAUAAACAAGCACAGAUAACAGAUCAUGACAAUGAAGUUGUAUUUACUCUGUGUCUCAUUAAACAAGUGCAAUGUGUAACCAGCACAGACAUGUGGUUACUAAGGCUAGAGGUGCUAGCUGGCGAAACUGGGCCAAACAGUUUGACAUUUUUUACAUGCAGACUCUGUGAUCUGAUGUUGAAUUGUGCCAAAAAAAUUGCGCUCAGUUUUGAUUUGGAUGUUUUCUUGCCUGAUCACUUUGUAAUACCCAUAAUCAGAAUAUGUUUCGAGCACAGAGAGAUUACUCUUUUCUGUACUUUUUAAAAUGUUUUUUACUACUUCCAAGGAUCAUGUUCCAAUUAUUUCACUAAUAAUUGCCACAGCUUUAUAUUUCAUUUACAGACAUACUUAUAUGACUGUUUUCCUGGUGUACAGUAAUUUAAUUUAAAAGAGUGUUUAACAAUAUUGACCAAGUUGUAUUGGUAAUUGUUCCUUUGAGAAAGUUUAAUUAGCAGAAAAAAAAAAAGAUAACUUAUAAAACAAUCUGAAUUCUCAGGUAAGUGGUCUGUAAUGUGUGUUGGACGUGUCUUUGUGUGUCUGCUCUCCCUGUGGUCCCUUCUCUGUCCAGACAGUGUAAUCCCACACCCACAGCUAAUCCUUAUCCCACAAACACACAACUUUUAGUUUUCGGAAGGAAAUCCCAAACCUUCCCUCUAACGAGCUGUAGUGUUACCAUGGAGAUAAACAUUUAUAGAGAGGUUACACCCCGUUCAGGAGAAAUUGGAGUCAAAGAGGAAGGGCUUUGGUUCAGAGGUGCAGCAGACGCCAACAAAGGUCAGGAAUGGCCCUGAGAAUGAUGUCUGACUCGGAGUGAUUGCUGAGUGGCUGAGAGACUGAGGUGGGAUUAGGCUGACAAAGAGGGGGGACAGGUGAGACACAGGUUACAACAACACAAACACAAUGAAAGGAAGGAAACAUUGUUUAAGUUAAGUAGUUUAGAGAAAAGGCAGAGCGGGUCUUAAACACAUGCCUGUUUCUCAUGUUCUUUUAGUCAACUCAAGCCGCCCAUUUUUAGCCUUUUUUUUCAUUUGGCUCCCAAUUUUUCCCCUCUCCUCAUCACUCUACCCUCCCCCCCUCCAGCCCUCGUCCCCUUCCACUCCAUCCCUCCCUCUCCUCCGCCUCUACUUUGUAUUAAAACAACAUGAUCCAUGAGUCGGAGAGGGCGACUCGCAGCACCAGUAAUUCUAAUUAAUCCAGCGUGGUAGCACGGCCACGGCAGGCCCCAAAGCGCUCCCAGUCUAUCAGAUAGAAAUUCAUAACUUAAUUGAGGUCAGAGCCUCGAGCCGGCAGAACAAAAGUCUCCAGCCAGGACCAGCUAGAUCAAUAGUAAUAAAUAUCUGACUGGGCGGCCCACAAUUGGUGGCCAGAGAGCACACAACAAGUCUGGUACACUCUGUGUGAGUGUGGAACCUGCAGGGACCUCGGUGCAGUGUGGGAGUGAUUUUUAGCUUGGUCGUGUGUGAGGAGUUGGCUUUGAAGGGCGUCAGGCGUGCAUGUGAAAUUAAGUGAGCAUGUUUUUGCGUUUUAUAAAGACACAGUUGUGUCAUUAUAUGGUAUGAUUAUUUACUGGGGAAAGACCACUUUCUCAGCCGUGACUGUGUGGCAGAUCUCAACUUUAUUAACAGAUGCCGACAGAGAUCCCUGAAGAACAUGUGUCUAAUAUAAACCGGAUUAAACUCAUUUUUGUCUAGUGAUUCCUCAAUAUGAUGAUGAUGAAGAACAAGUCUGACAAUGUCUAUAUAAUGUAUAAUGUCUGAGGAGCGAUGUGACAGCCAGAAAAGACAAUUAUAAAAACACACUGCAGGGCAGCUGUGGCUCAUCGGUAGAAACAGUUGUCUUCAAGAAGGGAAAAUUGGUGACACUGAUGACGAGAAAGUUAACUGAUGUCGGACUAAAGUUGAUGCCUCUUACACAUUGAAUAUGAAAAAUACUGACAGACCCACAAAAUUAUAAAAACAGAAAUUAGCAGAGGUUACAUACACAACCAAGGCCUCAAAAUAGCCUCAAAAAAAGCAUUUUAAUCAGCUUUUUCUUACCUCAAAGCACAGAGGAGAAAAGAGGGCUGUGUUCUAAUUUUAUUACCUGGUGUUAAAAUCUAAAGUUACAUCAGAAUGGAUAGAGCAAUUUCUGAGCAUUUUUUGUCAGUGGUUUUGUCUACAUUUGAGCGUUUUACUUUUCUGCGUCUGCAAACAUUGACUCAGCCGACCGUUUUUAGACUUAUUUUUGUGUGAUGAGACAAACUCAGCUCUGACUGUGGUCAGAUAAACACCAGUUAGUCCCUCUCUUAAAGAAAGCGGUUGUUUCAUAUUGAUUAGCUUAAUUAUCCAGCGCCCUGACACCUUGCAGAUGUACUGCAAAGGAAAUUGGAUGGAAAAAUGUAAAAAGGGCUCAGUAUAAAUAUGGACUGCUUUAAUUACCAAAUAGCAUGAGGCUGGCCCUUUUUUUUCCCAGAGUAAAACAUGUUCAGGACAGCUUCCUAAAUAAAGCCACCUGGACUUGUGCCAAAUCCCUGACUCACAAAUCAAGAAGUAUUACAGAGCAGAUAAUUCAUUUUCAUCAAACUGAACCAAAUCGUGAACGUUAGCAUCUGUCUACGCACAUUUUCAUCAAAAAUAUAGUAAACCUGUUUGGAAAUUUAUAACCUUUCAAACUGACACUGCGAUAUUCAGCAAAAAUUAAAUAUUGCAACUUUUAUUCUGGUUGUUUCGCUGUUUUAUGCUAGCUUUGUAAAUCUCAGCGUGGUCUGCUGUUGUGGUAAAAAAAGAGCACUGAACCCUCAUCGACGUCCUCCACUGUGGUGUCAACCUGUGGUGUGACAAUAGUGGUAAACAGCACACACACACACACACACACACACAGAAUAUGGUGCUUGAUUGAAAUUCCUCUGGUGGAGGCAUUAUUACACGUUUGUAUCCCUCCCCUUUCCCAGCACAGCCUCCUAUAACUAAUGGCGUAGUCAGGCCAGUCAUAACAAAUAUCCAGCGAGAUUUGUCAUAAUUGUGUAUGCGUGCGUGUGUGUGUGUGUGCCUGUGUGUGUGUGUUUGUAAUUGUGCAUUCUUUCCUCAAGAUUAUAAAGGCUCUUUAAGAAAGAGAGGGCAGCAAGGUGGGAAAAGAUAGAGGGUGAAUCGUAUGAAAGGAAAGAGUGAAAAUGGAGAACAGAAAAAUGGAGCAAACAAAGAUACAAUAUUAGUUUCUUUGAGAUGAUCCAACACUCCUUAUAGCUUAGCUGGGGUGCUUUUCACCUCUCUAGCUGUAAUCAGGCGUUUUUGACUGUAUUUUUAUGAUGUUAUACAUCUAUGACACACUUUCAUGCAGCCUAAGAGAAGGUAUGACGUUGUUGCUCUAUAGAGUGUAAAAAGUGUGAUUACUUGGCUGUCCCCCAGCAGUAAAGCCAAAAGAUUUGGAGCUUUACCUGCUGAGUGACUGCUGUAGAGGUCAUAAAGCCUGCCUCCUCCAUGUAAACAGAUGGAACAUGGGUCAAACUAAAAUAUCAAAAUGAUCAUCAAAUGAUUUUUUCUGGACUGACGUCGUACUGAUGUUGUAGUAAGUGAAAGCAAAAGGAGGUAAAACUGGAGGCACCACAGGGCAGAAGCACACAGGCCAACGUUAGCUUUGUUCGCGAUAUGAAUUCAGGGAAACUGUUUUAUUUGUUGACUUCCUUUGCAUGAUUCCCACACUUAGCUUAAAAUAAUUCUUCACUGUACACACCUGGUUUUUCUCAUCUUUGGUUGUCUUGUCAAUCAUCUAUCCAGUGAGUGAGUGUGUACAGGUCGGCUAGACUAAUCGCGUUCAUCUGUUUUAAGUUAUUUUAGGAACCCCGCAUAUUCAGAGAGACUCUUACUAGCUAUUUUACCAUGUUUGGUUUACCUGUUGGUUGCUGUGAUUUAUGCCUGACUCUUUGCAGUGAUAGUAUAGAUCGAAAGGCACAGCAGGGACUAAUCUCCAUUAUAACAGUUCUACCUACCUGAAUGUGUGUUGUACUAAAGUCUUGCAUGUCCCAAACCAAAGGUGAGUAGAAAAAUACACUGUGGCUGUAACUAGUGGUUAUGAGAGCAACUGUAAAUAUUGUUGCUAUCAUCGCUUACUUAGGUUUGUUAGAAAUGCAAUGUCUGAUUAGACAUCCCAGCUGAAUAUAUCCAAGUGGGAUCCAGCAGAGAAACUAAACUUCAUAUCAGACAGUUUACAGAGAGCUGGACUCACGGAGACUAUUGAAACAGAUCCGUCUACUGUCAGCGACUGACAUGAGCUGAUUAUCGUACCGCAGGCUUGUUUUGAAAAGAGAAGGAAAUGCGAUCACAAAAUGAAAAAGGUUGGGAGCAGCCUUGAUGACGCUCUGCUCAUAGACUACACCACUUAAAAAUAAAUCAUAGACUCUCCUGUCUCUCAGUCAGGGCUUAGUUACAGUCUAACACUGCCACAGUGGAGGCAUUAAGCAGCUUUAAACUAAUGACAAAAAAAAAACCCUUUUUUUGUUACAUUUUCUACAAGCAUCCAAAAUCUCAGUCUUUAAUUUAAAUUAAUUUACAUGAAUACCAAAACAUUUAUCUUUUUGUGCUUCAAAAUCACCAGUUAAAUUAAUACAGAUGCAGGUGCAUGAGGGAUCUUUGCUGUUGUAUCUGAGUCAAAAGUGUGUGCAUCAAUAUCCCAAAUUCUGGCUUCAACAACAUCACCUAGAAUAAUUUGGCUUCAUUCUUCACAAGGAGAGGAAGUGAGGAUGUGUCAUACGGUCAGUGUUGCGCACAUACACGUGUCUCCAGCAUGCAGGAUGAAAGCAGUUUCCCAUUUAGCCGUCUAAAUAGAGAGGGGCAAUGUUUCUUUUUUUUCUUCUGGAUGUUCUUUUCUGAGGAUUAACACAGGUUAAAACGAUAAAAGAGAAUCCAUCUGAAAGGUCUUUUAAAAGUUUACAGUUCCCAAAGCAAAGAGGAUUCAGAACUCUCAUGAAAGCCCCCGAACACAUCCACCGUACACACACCUUGAGGUUUUACAAGCCCCACUUUAAGGAGCUCUUAUAGGAUUCAUAUUUAGUACUUGCUGCACAUUAGCUUGACUCGAUGAAAUGAAAGCCGUUGCGGCGCUGUGUUAAAAGGGCCUAUCGCACGCAGAUACAGUUAUGAAGCUAUAAUACGAGCACUCAGAAAAGAGCCAGCCACUUGACAGUGAUAGUGCGGCCUAAAGAGCCAUUCCAGCAGGUAACAGUCCUCUUUGCCAUCAUCAGCUGUUGUUUCUUUCUUAUUGGCCACUCUCUGGACCUUGCCUACACUCAACUAUUUGAUUUCCAUCGUUCUUAACCAUCCACAUAAAUUGUCAGGAGCAUUAAAGCUGUCCUCGACCGUUUCAGACAGAGAGCGAGGGGGUGAGAGAGUGAGAGCUGGAUACAGACAGCGACGGGAGGGGGAGGAGACGGGGAGGGGGUGAGGAGAGAGAAUAAACAAAGUAAGUGUUUUGCUUUCCAUCAGUCUCCCCCUGCAGUACUCAGCUUUAUGAGUCCCUCACUCCAAAUGCCUCAGCCCCAGCCCCUCAGCUGCCUGCCCAUUGAUUUUCAUAUUACACUCUUUUAUGUAUUUAUUUAUUUCAUAUAUUUCUUUUUAAACAUCAUCGAUGAGCCGCAAGGGGACAGACAGGGGGGCCUCUAGUGACGCGGAGUCUCAGUUUUAACCUUAUCCUCCUCUCUGAUGGCUUUAAUGGACGCUAAGGUGUCUCAAGGGAACAAGCAAGCAAGGCAAUGUAGGGAGGGGGAAGGAAGAUGUGCAUGAAGAAAGCGGGGUUUAAGAGGAAGGAGACUUAGAGUAAAGAAGAGGUUUCUUUACGUGAUGGUGUGAUUGAAAUAUGAAAGAAGGUAAAUUUUUAAAUCAGACUAUAUUCAGCCUUUUGAAUGAGCUUUUACACAUUUAGGUAUAGCUUAAGACUUUCCAAUUUGCCUUUUCCAGGAGAAAAAGCCUCCAAAACCACAUACAGUGGCGGGUAUUGGCCAGCAGUCAUGAAUCAACUCUAUACCUUAAUUUAUUUACUUUAGAUGAUAUUGUUUAGUUAAACCAAAAAAUCACCUUUUGCCUCUUUUUUUUUUUUUUUUUUUUUUGUACUGCUCCAAAACUAACAGCGAGCAGUGCUGUGAAACCAUCUUUGUUGGUGGCACAGAGAUCAGUCAUUUAUUUGUCCAAGUUUGUUUCAGUGAAGCAGUUUCACAUUUUAUUGAAGUUUCACUUAUGCUUUAGCAACACAGCAUUUUGAAAGAGGCUACAAGCUGAGCUACCAGUAAUAUUAAGCCAAGCUCAUUAAUGAUAAUUAUAUAACACAAUAAAAGGGUAACAUAAUGGAGAUCUGGUUUGAUUGUAAACUGAAAUCUCUGUGGCUUUAAUGCAUCCAUCCUGCCUUUACUGCAUCAUCAGUACUAGAAACGCUCAAAUCUUUCUCCCAUCUGAGGAGAAAGAAUCCUUUCUUCAUAAAAUAUGGAAAUUUGGUAAUAAAAUAAGUAGUGUGCAAAUAUUCAAAGAAUUACCCUUUCUGUAGGCUUAAUUGUUUGUCUAAUUGUAACAACAUAUUAUCGUGAUAUUUUGUCUGGUGAUAUAUCAUAUUAUCACAUUUACCAGGUAUCGAUUUUUCAAAUUAAGUGCUAAUAUGAAUUCAAAUCUAUGAUGAUGGAAAAAUAAAAUCAACUGUUUGUCCAGUGAGUUUGGCAGAGGUGACAUCAUAGAGCAGGUGAAAGUUAGUACAACAAAUAUAAGAUUUGAAGGAUGUGCUACAUGAAAAUAAAAUGCAACGUAAAUAAGACAAACAAAGGAAAGACAAAUGCUAAAUUAGCUAAACAGUUGGAAAAAUUGUAUAAAUUCCAAUAUAUUGUAUCACAAUACUCACUGUAUUGCAAAAUGUUAAAAAUCGCAAUAUUAUUGUACCAUGGUCCAAGUAUUGUGAUAAUAUCAUAUUGUGGGGCCACUGGUGAUUUCGACCCCUAGUAGAUAAGCCCCCCAGUUUAGUUUUUUCCUAACUAAGCCAUACUUACCAGCAGGAAGUCUGGAUUUUCCAAAAAAAGACGUGAGCUUAGUGUUUGAACAUCCCACCUGAGGCAGGUAGUUGAAGUUGUGUUGUUUUUAAAAUCACUUUGUCACAAGACUGGUACUUGUUAUUGACUAAUGCAGGUAUCAGAAACAAAAUAGAGGAUAGCAAUAAAGGUGUUUGAACAUUGUUUCCUGUGUCCUUGAAAGGCGUGCCAUCCUUUCUUGUUUCUAGUCAACUCUUUCACAAUUAAUACCCAUAAUCCCCGGUAUCCUCCAGAAACCCUCCCAGCUCUGGUCCUGCAAGUCACUCAGGUUUUCACCAAACUGUAUUGUGACUGAUGGCAGCUUUGGGUGUGAGGGGGAAGGGGGAUCAGAGGAGCACCUGAAGGACACUUGCAGGGGGGUGUGAAGGGCAGUGAGUUGGGAGUCUGUCUAAUUUGACCAUGGGUGGCAGUGCUCACACGCUGAGUGGCAAGGUUACCUCUCCCUGCUCAGAGAAGAGACCCAGAUUCAAUUAGGGCUGCCCUCGGUCUGCAGAUCCAUUUAAAACAGGGGGCCUUCCUGAUGCACACACACACACACACACACAUCUGAUGGUAAACACACACACCCAAAUACAAAAAGCAGGAAGAGGGCAAACUUACAAAUUUUACCUUUAAAACUACAGUGAUUUGCCGAGAUGGUAUCUGUCACACUGAAAUGAAGAAGACUACAUGUCCUCUUUUACAUCCUAGUCCAAAAAGGUUUCAAGUUGCUUUUAGUGGAAUUUCUUAUUUUAUAGAAAACGAGUGCAUAAAACACAGUGUUGAAAAAUAAAUCAGACUGAGAUGGUUGGGUUUGGUCCAUGCUGAUGGCGCCAGAUGGACCCAGUGAUGGAGGUCUUUCUUCAUCUUCCUCUAUCUCCUCCGGAUCUGUGUUCUGCUCUGAUUAAUGGCACCUGCUCAUCAUAAUGCUAUCUGCCUGAAUCUGCAUACCAACCAUCCCACUCACCUAUUGAUUCACCCUCUUCUUUCACACACACACACACAUAUAUAUAUACACACAUACACACACCCCCACCCCACUCCUGACCACUGUCAUUAUAAAAGUCAGCAACUGCUGCAUACAUUGAUCAUAAAUCAUAAUUGCUUGUCCAUUUUUCCCCACUUGUUUAAUGUUGCUGUCAAGGACAGUAAGAGGGAGGAAAAAAGGAGGAGGCGGGGAAAGGGAGAGUGGAAGAAAAGCCCAGGGAAAGUUUACUAAGACACAGAGAGAUGAGAUGGGAAAAAGAGAGAGUGAGAGUUGGAGUAGGAGUGAUGAUUAAAAAGAAAUACAUAUUUGUCCUUUUCAAAUAAAUGUGAAAGGUCCUCAUUGUCAAAGUAAACAUUUUUUUACAGAAACUUAUGGUAUGCAAAGAAAAAAUGAAAGGUCUUUUUUGGAACAACAAAUUGAGCUUUUUUUUUUCCCUUGAUUUUGGGGGUUUUUGGAAACAAAAGUGACCACACUUGCUGGAUGUUUCAGUUGAGCUCUGUUCUAGUUGAUAGGCUGCAAGUGAGGUCCCUCUCACUUUAAAUACUUUAAAUCUGUUUUUUACGUGAUUAAAAAAAUUUGACCUACUUCUGGCAGCCUAUAUUUUUCUGUAAAGCAAAAAUAAAAAAUACAAGUCAGACCACUUAUAUCUUUGCUCUUUUUUGAUAUGGCGUUCCUCUUCUUCAUCCAUCCUGUUACACGUCGUUCAUGUGGUAGAAAUGAUAGAUUGUUGUAGCUUAAAUUCAGCAAAAACCUGCAGUUGUACUAAUAGAUCAAUCUCUAUCCAUGCUGCUCCUAAGCAUAUUGCUGCACCCCAUUAGAGUGAUACACUCCACAGUGCUGGAUCUGGUAUUGUGCAAGCAGCUGCUUUUAUUGAGCACUCUGCUGACAUCCAGCCUGGCAUUUCUGCACAGCAAGGCAAAACUUUGGAUGACAUGUAAAAGCUGGGGGUUCAGUGUGACAUGCCUCCGUAAUGGGAUGGGAAGAGGGGUGCACCAGAGAGGUUGGGGAGGGGGGGCUAUGGUAGGCUAGCUGCAGGUAUAUGUGAGGGAGUGGUGGGAUUGAGAGGGGGGAGGGAGGGGGUGUCUCUCCCAGGCUGCUUCAAAAGCAAAUGGAAGACAAUCCAAUUUCCUGUGAUUCCAUCAAGCCUGCUCCUGGAUACAGGGGCAUUAGGGAAGGCUGAGAGGACAGGCCGCUGACCCCUUACAUGAACAUGAAGGAAGCACGUUCACAAUGUAUACAGCUAUGACUGCAACUUUUACAUGCAAGUGCAGCUAAGAACCCAUCCUAGUUCAAAUUAUUAACUUGAGUAACAAAUCUGCAAGAUGAGAUGAUGUAAAAGAUUCCCUGAAUUCCUGCAACACAUGAGAAAAAUCUAUCCAGACAUUACAGAGAACCUUUUAAAACUAUUUACAAAUCUGAAGAAAGAUGUGAUUUUCAUAACAUAAGACCUCCUAAAUGCUGGUAGAUCUCAAGAAAAUCUGUUUCACAGUGAAGCCAUUGUGAACCUGCCUACUCACAGUGAAACUGAGACUCACCAGACAAAGAUGAUGGGGGGUCUUCUGGGUGGGAUCAAAUAAUCUCAGAAAGUAUGUUGUUUGUGUUGCAGACAGGCUGAUUCUGCUUCAGUUUUGAUUAGAACACACCAUCCUCUUAAAAAUUAUUUAUUGAAGAGUUGAUACACCUCACAGAGAAAUAAGUCCUUAAUUAUCAGCCAUUGUUCCCAGAACAAAAUAUUAAACAUUAAUAUUAUAAAUUAGGAUUUUAAUUAUGCCUUAUGGAUAGUUUAUAUAUAUUAUUAAUAAACUGUUACUUAAUGAGUUAUAAAUGAGUUGUUAACUGUAUGUUAAUGCUUUAUAUCUGUACCUUAUAAAUUAGUAAUAGAUUAUGAACAAACUAUUAGUAAAUUACUUACUAAUGACUGGUUAAGUAUCAGUUGAUAGUUUAUAUAUGUCAUUGGGACCUUAUUCUAAAGUUGCAACUAUCCCUCAGUUAUUAACAGUUAAUAACAUAUCCCAAUAACAUAUUUAUACUAUUAACUGAUUUCUAAUAAGUCAUUAGUAAGUAAUUUACUAAUAGUUUGUUCAUGAUCUAUUACUAAUUUAUAAGGUAUAGUUAUAUAUCAUCAACAUACAGUUAACAAGUCAUUUAAAACUCAUCAACUAACAGUUAAUAAAUAGUAUAUUAACUAUCUAUAACGCAUCAUUGUAAAUCCUUAACAAACUGUUAACAAACACGUAAUAGGCCAUUAAUACUCAAUAAUUAACAGUUUACUAAUGAUCUAUUAACUAGUUAUAACAGAUAGUUAUUAUUAAGUGUUACCUGCGUUUCUUUGACUUACCCCAUCAUGAAUCCUCCCUGAGUCGUAUUUGUGUUUUCACUCAAAGAUCAUUGGACUCCUUCCACCAGCAGCACAUCUUUUAGCAGAGUAAAGAUACAGAUCUACAGGCUCUUAUUCUGCCUUUUCAUCUAUCUUUAUCCAGAGAAUUCUUAAUCUGAUAAAUUUACUGAUGUCACGAUAAAGAGCAGAUUAAGUCACUUUAGCUUCAGCUCCACUCUUUCCUCCCUUUUAUUUUUUGUUUAUGAACGAUGGGCCAUUCAGUCUUGCUUUCUACUGUGUGCGUGUGUGUAGCUUUUGAACAACGAACGGCAGAUUAGCGCUCACUGCAGAUUACAGCUUAAACCCCUUACACUUUAAUUAUGACUGUAUGUAUUUAUGUGCACCAAGGUCUUUCACUUUGCCCCCACUGUAAACAUCUGUCACUGUCUCAUUGUGCCGUGGGGGUCUGGGUUUGUGUGCUUCUAUGUUCGCACCAUACAGUGAAACAAAGACAAAAUCAGUUGAGUAGGGUUUCUCUUCUGCUUUUGUAGAAACUGGGCGGCCAAAUCCCUUUUUAUUUCUCCAAAAAUACCUGGACAGUAGAAUUAUACUGGAUCCUGCUGUUCUUGCCACCUCCCCUGGAGAAUAAGUGUCAGUGUGAGAGUCAGACACAAUGUCCGUAACACAUCACAGGCUGUGAUUUAACCCACAGACAGACAGCAUUGUUGUCCCGGGUUAACUACGGCACGCUUACUACGCUGGUGGUGAUUUGCAUCUGUACUCUGUGAUCCACCCACAGGGAAUAGAAAGCUCUAAUCCAAUCAGCAGGUCCCUGAAGUGCUGCCCCUGAGACAGACAGAAAGAGAGAGAGAGGGAGAGAGAGAGAGUGACACAUCAAUAGGAUCACUCUGCACUGAGCGUAGCUAGAGAGAGAGGACAGGAAAGAGACAAAAAAAACACAGGCGAAGGAAUGGAAAGGAGGGAUUGAACAGGAUUAAGAUUGAGGAGGAGACGGAACGAAAACGAGGGAGAAAGGUGGUGGAGGUAAUGAAAGGAGAGAGAAAAGGACAAAGAGGAGGGAUUGAAAUAAAAGAAAAGUGAUGAGGGAGGUGUGUUUUGGAAGAAGAGAGGUCAGAAGAAGAAGAGGAGAAAGGAUUAAAAGAGAGAGGAAAAAGGAUGUGGAAGUUACCAAACUGGAGGGUGCAUGAGAGGUGGACAGAGGUGGAGAUACUAAUGAAUAAUUUGAACAGAACAGUUUGAGUAAUUUGUCCCUUGAAGUGACAUUUUCCAGCACAGCAGGAAAUGUCAGUGUGUCCGCAGCUUUUAAUCUCUUUCUGAGUGUUUGAUACUUUCCUACUUGGCUCUUGUUCUGAGACCGGAGACAACAGUUUGAGCAUUUAUCAUCAUUAUGAGCCGCAAAGGCUGCGUGGACCAGUGAUUACGAACUAAAUCUGCUGUUGAUGAGGCCUGUCAUAUAUCGUCUCUGUUAUACCUGCACACACACGCACACACACACACCUCCCACCACACUUCCUACAUGAGUGAUAUCUCCAGCACUGACCGCUUGACCUCAAGUAUCAUUUUUACUGUUCAAAAAAACACCCACCCACACAAAUACAUACACACACACACACAUACACACUUAUACUUGCACACUCACACACAUGCAAGAGACCACCACUGAUUUCCUGGUCACCCCCUGACCCUCGUUUCCUCUGCUCUCUUCAUUGUCCCUGAGCUUGUUGUGUGCCAGGGUCAACCGUUUUCAUGGUUAGUUUAUUUAAAGGACGAAGCUGUAAAUUUAGUGUAUUUCUUUUAACUAAACCAACAAUGAGUUGCUCCAAUAACAAGUGACGUUUUCUCCUCCACAAUGUAACAUUUAUCUCAGAUUUUUUAGGAAAUGUAAGCAGGAGGUCACGCAUGGCCCUGUUGGCUACACUGUACUGUGUGAAACAUUGGCCAGUUUAGAGGCAAAGUUAAAAGAUGUGUCACUGACCUCUGAUGUUGUCCAGAAGACGUUUUAAAAUACCAAUCAACAUUAAAAAAAUCUGUGAGACAUUUUAAACAUGUACUAAUUCAGUGGGAACAUUUGGACUGAGUGUUUCAGAAUCAAGAAGCCAAAAAUUACGAUUGAAAGCUCCAUGUGCUGGUUAACAAAACAAUCUGCCAAGUUGCACAAUCUUCUCACUUCAGCCAUGAAAUUUUAUCCAGAAACAAUAUAUUAGACAACUUUAAAACCUUUCACUUAGCUCACAGAACAACAGAACCUUAAUAAAUUGCAAUGACUUUCCCCUUAACACCCCAAAUUGCUGAGAAUUAUGUUUCAAAAGUUAGAAAAAAUGUCAACACUUGCAUGAAGCAGUAAAUGGAGUUAAAGUUAGUAAAACUUCUUGAACCCACAAAAAACAAACUAAACUUUUCAAACAUUCGCCAGUUUUGUGUUUCUGAAAUCAAUACCUCAUCACAGCUUGUUGCCUUUUCCUCGCAGCCAAUAAGAUGAAGGUCAUUAUUAGAAAGUUUAACUGUUGAUUCUUCUUUGUUGAUCCAGAUAAUGUGCAAUUUUUGUUUCUACAGCAGCGAGUGAUUUAUGUUUUGUUUUGUCCUGAGAUUGUUCUUUGAAUCUGCACGCUUAAGGGUGCACUUUACUCCACUGAAGACUUGUUUUUGUCUUGCAGGAUAAUGAAGGACAGACAGCACUACAUUAUGGUAAGAAGGUCUCUCUUAUUGUAUUGUAUUGUGUUUCAAACAGUCCAAAACUUUCAACAAAAACUGAAAUAUAGCACAGUUAGAUUUUGGAUUUUAUUUUGCCAGAAAACUUUUGGCAAGUUAGUUUUCUUUAAUAUCUCGAGUGGGAUCUUUGUACUGUUUCUUGUUUCAUACACACACAUAACCACAGCUGCCCAACAUUUUUGUGGGAUUUGUCUUCCCUCUUUCCUGCUCUCCUCUAUUUUUUGUUUUCUUAUUUCCCUGACUCUUUUUCACCCAUUUUGUUUCAUUCUUCUAUGUGAUAUUGUGUGUGUAUGUGUGUGCAUGCAUGCGUGUGUGUGUGUGUGUGUGUGUGUGUGUAAUAAUCACCGGCCCUCCCAGAGGAAAUCAGCACUGGUCCUCAGACUCCCCUGACCCUCUCAUGCCCCAACACACAUGUCCCUGAGGGGCGGUUCCCCUGUCCUCUACGUGUGUGUGUCUGCGUGUGUUGCUGCACCAUCUGUCCUCUAGCUUGGUGGCGUUGUGGUGGGCAUGUUGCAUCACCCACAGCCAAUCCACACACACACACACAAACACAGUGAGUGGAGGAAGCCCCGAGGAUGGGGCAUAAAAAGAUGACUAAUAAACAUAAGCGAUGAACUCCUGGAGACAAAUAGCAGAGAAUGAAAAUUCAUUCCCACCUCUCUUUGCACAGGGCCACAGCGGCUGGCAAGUGAUUAAUUGAGGGUUUACUGCUCACCAUAAAUUGUUCUCCCCCUCUACGGCUCCCCAGAGGGCCAGCCACUUUUUACAGCUCAAGGCCCAGGCGAGACACCCGCCACACGCACGCACACACUCACACAAACGCACGGCUGGCUAAAUAAAAUACAGUUUAGAGGAACAAGAGGAAGACUGCAAGCGUGGCUAGAAAAAAAAAACAAGCUUUGUUAGUCUGAUUUGGCUGAAAGAUAAGUGUGUUUUGUUGUGUAGUGAAAUGUACACACCUCUUAGUUACCACACAUGGACACAACUUCAGCGCGCACCCACACUUUCACACACGCUUAGAUGCAUUCCAAUGUAUCAUCAUAUCUCAUGCACACGCACUCCUGCCAGCCUGCCCGCCAGCCACCUAUGAGCUGGAGGUUAAAAGGCCUGGCUGUCAAUCACCGCAGCUGCUGACAUCAGCAAUCAUGGCCGCAGCACAGAGUCCGCUCUUUAAGAGGAGCACGGGAUUGACACUGACAGAGAAGAGCACUCAGAGCGAGAGAGGAGGAGAGAGGGAGAACGAGGGUGAGGUGCCAGAGAGGGGCUGAGAGGUACAUCAGACUAACAGGGAACCCACUAACCGGGUUAGCAGAGUGCAAGCCCCCCUCACUCCUCCCUCCACCCUUAGAACAAGAGAGAGAGGGAGGACCCUUUAAGUGGGGCACAAAUUGCCAAUGGGGCAGAAAUGAAGUGUUUGAGAUAAGCACAGGUCCAACCCAGUGUCAGUGCUGGACCUGAAGAUGAGCUUUUCAUUAACCGCAGCACUCCACAAACUGUAUUAAAAUCUAUAAGGUACAAAGGAACGACUCAGUAAAGAAGUAUACAUUAGUCAGCUAGAUUUAAAGGUAUCGCAGAAAUGAGACAGCCUUGUCACGCGGCUGUAACGCCGUUAGCCUUGAAGCUAAUAUUUGAAGGAUGUGCAGAGCCUGAGUAAAGACACAGCUAAUGAACGCAUGUUGGUGUUGAGUUGGUGUAAGUUUAACAUCUCCUGCAUUUGAGUCUUAUUUUUUAGGCAUGGUAACAUGUCAGUUCAUACAUGGCUGUCUUUCACUUUCAAAUUUAAACUUUUUUUAUUGUCCUUAAUAAGAUGUCAGGGGAGGGCAUUAAUCAUUAUAAUUUUUUCAGGGGAAUAUUACUGUUGAGGCACUACAUCCAAUGAUUGUUUAGACAAAACCCCAGGAUUUGAGCCUGAUGACGAUGCAGGGGGAAAAGUCAGGGUAAUACCAAAGUUGUAUCCAAACGCCAUUGGAGAACCAUGAAUCUGGAUUAUUUUUGAGGAUAAACCACCCAAUGGACUUCUUAACUGAAUGAGGGAAACCCAUUCCAGUAAAACAUCUUCAGGAUGAUCAAUUUAGUUUCCAAAAAAAGUCAGAGAUCACCAAGUUCAGCCUUGAAACCAUUGAUAUCUGCACAAAGUUCAGCUCUCCCAGCAUGGCUGUGCUGUUCACACCCUUAAAAAGAGUUUUCUACAUUUUUGUGUUCCUUCCUCAACUUCUUGUAUCUCUAUUCUUCCCUGUAAUCUUUUUUCUCUUCUUUUUUUAGCAUCGGCAUGCGAGUUUGCCGACAUCGUUGAGCUCCUACUGAAUGCUGGAGCUGACCCGUCCAUCAAAGACAUGGAGGGCUCUCUUCCAGAGGAGGUCACUGAAUCCAGUGCCAUCUCUUCUCUCCUCCGCCAGUACACCUCUCCAAAAGGCUAGGCCAUCCACCCACCACCACUCCGGUUCCAGACCCCAUCCCUGUCUCCCUCAGUUCAUCCCCUGCAGUUAGUAAACCAGGAUUUCAAAGAUUUUAUUCAACUUUAUUUCCAAAUACUUGAGGUGAGUUUGAUUUUGUUUGGCUUGGCUCUUUGGGAGCACAGGGUGUAAACGGUAGCCCUUCCAUUUGAUAGACUACAUGAAAUGAAGCACACCACCUGAAUUUUUACUCAUCUAAAUACUGUAUAUUGACUUUAUUUGCCCCAGUAGGGUUGGGUGAUAUGAAAACAAGAGAGAUCUGUUAACUGGUUGAGAUUUUCCUGAGGUAGCUGGACCUUAAAUACCUCUAGUUUGUUUUAGGUUAUUUGCUGGAAAUGUUGCAAAUCAAUCAGCAGGACUGUUUAUUGGCAAUAUUGGAAUGACGGGAUUUCUGUACAGAUGUGAUGAAUUACCAGAAUGUGUCAACAGAGGAACCAAAAACAACCAUUACCAUUUGCAUAUUUUCUUUAUAAACAUUCAAAAGCAAAACCUAAAUACUCAUAUCACUUAUUCUGUGUGCUGUCACUGCAAUAUGAAAUGACUUACUGCUACCGAAGUAGGUAUACAUAUCACCCGCUCCUACUGCCCAGGUCUGACAACCAGCCAGGUCUUUUAGUCCGGGUCAGCUCUCUCUGACGGUUUGUUCAUAAACGAGUUGUGUUAUGUUUAAGGAAUGCUUUAAUCAUCUGUUCUUUAUCAUAUUAAAGUGUUAAAAAAAAUGACUUCUUCUCUGUGAAUUAUUAAACUCACAGUCAACCCAAAAUAUCAACCAAUCAAUCAAUCAGUCUUUAUUUGUAUAGCACUUUUCAUACAAAACCAUGUAGCACAAAGUGCUUUACACUGCAAAGGAAUAAAAGAAACAAAGAACACCUGAAUCUACCCCAACCCAUGCCCGCAUCCUCACACCACCCCAAAGCAGACAGCAUACUGGCUGAAAGAAGAACAUAUUAAGGACAACUUCAAAUAAUGUCAACAUUAACUUGUUAAACUUGUUCAGCGUGAUGAAAGUUUGUGUGCAUCACUUGACAUAAACAAGCCAACUAUUUCAAGUAGCAUCGUAGGGCUGGGCGAUAAACUGAAAAUUUACUGAUACCAAAAUUUACGACAAUAACUGACGUAAUUUUGCCCAUAUCAGUAUAUUUGUUGUCAAAAAAAUAAAUAAAAGUUAGGGUUUUGAUUUGUGUUGGUAGGCUAUGGUCUCAUGUCCCUUUAAGAAGCUGUCCUAUGUCAGAGACAUGACUCCACCCCAUCCAGUCCGUAACAAAAAGGGAAAGACAGGUGAGGAGAUGGAGGACGGUUUAAAAGUUGGAGCGGCUGGAGUGGUGGCUGAAGUAGACGAAGUUGAUGUGGGAGGGGGUGAGCAACUUGUGAAGUAGUUAUCAUCCAUUUAUCAUUAUCGAGGUGAACUGCUCAAUAUGUCGUGAUAUUGAUUUAAGGCCAUAUCGCCCAGCCCUAUAGCAUUAUUUGUUUUUUAUAAAUUAGAAAAACUAACCUGUUUAUCACUAAACUCAACUUCCUCGCACACACAUAAUACGCUCGACACUCUUUUCUACAACCUACCGGUGAGGUAUUAUGUCAUAUAGAAAGGAUCUGGAUGUUCUCCAAAAAUAACCAACACAUGGUCCAAGUCCAAAUCUGCUUUACUCAUCCUCAAGCCCCUCUGAUCAGCACAUUCUCUCCGCCUCAGCUUACACACACACAAUCCAUUAGAUGAAAAAACACUAAAUCUGGAUCCUGGAUCUUAACUACAGCUUCAUGAAGAUGCACAUUUUGUACACAACAAAGCUUAAUCCUUUACUCCCUAACAUGCUCCCUUGCUCCACGCCUGUCCUCAUCCCCCCCAGUGUUUGACUCAAAUCUGCCCUGACACUAGGCGUUAGAUAACCGUCUCGACAUGUCUGUCUGUCACUCACUCACAGAUCCAUGACGGUGGCGGAUGUCUACACAGCAUUGGUAGUCAUCACCAAAGACAACACUUCAGAUUCAAUCUUUGUCCUGACAGCUGUUUACAGUGCCUGGAGUGAAUUUAAAUGCUAGUGAGCAGCAGGAAACAUGAACUGAAUUCAAAUCUGACCUUAUAAUGUUUGUAUCUGCAUCUACCUUCUGUCCUUCCCUCAAAAAUGCAAAACAUAGGGACCCAAAAGUUUCAUCAUGUAUUAUAGUAGACUCCAGCCAUUGAGCUUUCUUACAUGUCUGCACAUCUCCUUAUGAAUUUUUAGGAGGACCCCUACUCAAGCUGAGAAGAAGCCUUUUGAGUAUUCAACCUGAGUCUGAGACACAGCCCUGGUACAAUCUCACAAAGGGACGAGCAGCCACCAUCUUUUGUUAUGAAUUCCAUCCACAUGCAGCCAUUAAGCCAUUGGUAUAUCUCUAAAGCCUGUUUGGGGGCCUGCUGUUGUCUCCUCAUUGCUUCUGUAACCCCGUUAUGCUGCCUUGAGGUAAGAGAGGGUGACGGCGGGCCUGCUUCGCCCCCCAGAUCGUCUGCAAGACUCUGACACUAAGCCCAUUAUGCUUCCAUUAUGGGGCUUCAAUUUUCCUCUGAGCGUUUCGCUUUUGACACUGCAGCUUGCUCCCUCUCCAAACCGCAGACUCACACACACUCACAAUAUGGAUCAGCUGUUGUGAAUAUUGAACAUUUUUUUCAGAGGUGCAAGUAUUGAGCUACAUACACUCAAAAAGUAAACUUACCCACAGUUUUGAGCUACCAGUUCUUGGCUUGAGCACUUUCUUUCGUGCAACUUUAGAAAAGGAAGACUCACAAAUGCUAAUUAUUGUUCCAAAAUGCUAAAUAGAUAAACAAUGUAGAGGAGCAAGAAAGGAUUAAUAUAGAAGAUUUGCAAAACCUGUACCUUGCCAAUCACCCUGCUGUGUUGAAUAGUUGAUUCUGAUUGGUCAGACCCCUUAACAACAGUUAUUUAUUCUGAGUAGUAAGAGCAUCAAUCAAAGGUGUCACAUCGUCCUAGUCCAAAAACCUGGGUACUGUUCAAAUAAUGAGCCAUAGGGAACAUCAGAUUCAUACAAACGGUGGAUCCAAAAUAUGAUCCAGAAAUGUCAAAUCUUUGAUCAUUAACAUGUUAACUCUGAUAUCAGAAACUGAGGACUUUGUUAUGCAUGUUGAGCCCUCUAAACACUUUUCUGUUUACUUCACUCUCUCAUAAUUCUGCACUCUUGCUCUUUCUUCUUUUACCUCUCCACUUUUGUCUCUCAGAUAUAAAAGCAAUACCAUGUAGCUGCUUCGGCCAGCUUUUAAUUCAGCCCUUUACCUCCACAAUGCUCUACCCCACCCCACCCCGUUAUCCGUCUUUGCUUUACGCUGCAGCACCCCCCACACACACACAUACACACACACACCAUGUGGGAGCCGCCAACUGGGAACCCAACAGUAAGCAGAAAUCCCUCUGCUGCUCAAACACUUCUCAGUAAUAUCCCAAGCUCAUUCACUGCUGUCCAAGACUGUGUGUGGUUUAUGACUAUGAACAAGCAUUUCUGCUAUCAUUUAGCACUUAAGACCUAAACUUUCAGACUCAAGAUAAUCUAACAAACAGCACUGGGUCUAAUGAAGAGUCACUGUCCACUAGAGGACUACCACUGGAGAUUCACUGACCCACAUUACAGUCAACUCUAAUGAACCAGUUUAUCACUACAUCACGACCAGUUAUGUAAUGACACUUAACAAAUGAAGGGGGUCUAGACUACCAUCUUGUUAUUUACUCAAGAGAACCCCAACAAUGAGCAAACACUAAGAUAAGAUAAGCUAUACCUUUAUUAGUCCCACGGGGGGAAAUUCCACUAGUCCACAGUUGCAAAUAAAAACUUCAUUAACACUUUAUUUGAUGCCUUUCUGUAUAACGCAUUAAAAAAUAAUUGUAAUGCGUUAUAAUCACAUUAUAGCACUGUAUAACUAUAGUUCUAAACACUCAUAAAUGAUCAUAAUGCUUUAAAGCAAUAAUCAUAACACAUUAUAAAGCAUUUUAUCAUGACUUACAAGGUCAGGUAUAAUACCUUACCUUGUAAGUCAUGAUAAAAUGUGUUAUAACUGUUAACAACAAUUGCAUUGCAUUAUCUAUGUGAGCAUUGUAAGUGAGUUGUUAAUAGUUAUAACACAUUAUAAUACCUGAUCUUGUAAGUCAUGAUAAAUGAUGAUUAUUGCUAUAAAGCAUUAUGAUCAUUAAUGAGUGUUUAUAACUAUAGUUAUACAGUGCUAUAACAUGGUUAUAACACAUUAUACAUAUAUUUAUAUUUAUAUUUAUAGAGAUAGGCGUCAAAUAAAGUGUUACCAAAACUUCUUUUUAAAUGGCAGAAAUCUGAAACCAAAAGCAGAUCUGGUGGUGAACAGCCAUCUGCCAAAAAUGAGGGGAAGAGGGAGCGACUUUAAGAGAGCGAUAAAUAAUGGCAGACAGACAAUGUGUCAGUAAAAGCAGAUAAUACAAUAUGACUGACCAGUAACGGUCAGAGAGUCUAACGAGUCCACACAUGGUUAUCACAGCAGGCUCAUGAAACCUCUUCCUCUGGUUACCUGUCAUCCACCUGGUAUAGGUGCAGAGAGAUAAUUAUAAAGAGGAAAAGGGAACCUGGUUUCAUAUUAAAAGAGCAUUGAGCUCCCAACCUUGAGGGUGUCAUUGAGAGGGCCUCUAUUUGACUCCAGCUCUGCUUUAAGACCCACUCAGUCAUCCUGUGGAUCAUUGUUCACUGCAGACCCCGGUGGAGUGGUUUGGGGAGAAAAAUGCCCUGUCUCCAAGCUGCAAGAUUGACUUUCAGCGCAAAACAAAUCCUGUCUAUUUUGCAUGUUAAUUUAUUCUAUUUUGCUUUAGAGGAAGAAAAAAACAGUUUCCUUCAGGAAGUUUGUAAUAAAAGCCUGGAGAUCAAUGAUAAUGGUAUUUGUGCUUGUGUUUGUCAUCUUCGCAAAAGCAACAGUGGUGGAGUUUCCUCAGAUUUAUUUGUAUACUAGUGCUGUAAGUGGCGUGUAAAUUAUCCUAACUGUCUGUGUGGCUUUUUAUCUUUGUAAGGCAGUACUAUUAGAGCCUAUCCAUUAUUGCCCAUAGCUUAGACAAUCAAUGCUUAUAUAAAAAUCAGCUCAAUUUGUAGCGUUUUAUGCAAACGUGCAAACACCAACCAGGCUGACUCUCUGCUUUUUGUUUUUAUAAUGCAACAGGAAUAGCUAAAACACAAAGGAAUCGAUAACACUUAAGUUUGGGUAACAUUGGCGUGCUCUUAGGCAAGUGCUGCAUGUUGCUGCAUACAAAUGAGUUUCAUACAGAUGUACGCUGUGGUGUAAUUUCAUUAUAAUUCUAUGCAUAGUUAGGUGACACCAUAGUUACAGGGAAUAAAUCCACUGUAACCUGAGAGGUACUAGUAAUGCAGCAACCACAUUAAGAACACCGGUACUCACAUACACUUAAUCACUGGGGUUAUAGCUACAACUGAGGAUCCUGGGGUCCCUUCUACUGUUUAGUCUCUGGAACAUCUGCGAUCUAAGACAUGAAUAGGAUUCUGAUUUCGUGGAUGUACAUGGAUUUGAGUAUUUUGGGGACAACUGUAGAUGCCAGGAAAGAUAGGAAAAGAAUAAAAAACACAUUACCUGGACUCGUUGCUAAACAAUGACCCAUUACAAUGUGGUAUAUGAUUGGGGCUUUUAACACACAUACUGCUAGUUCCUAUAGGUGGUGUUUUUAAGGCUGAUUUAGAUACUUUUGCCACUUACUUUUGGGAUUACAGUUUAGGCCUAACAGUGCAAUCUUAAAAGCGUUCAGAUUACAGGGCCCUAGUUUGUUUGUAUAAGUGUGCUCCCCAUGUGUAGGAACUGUUGUCCUCUUCAUAGCAGUCACUCACUUGACUUCUGUCCAUGACCCUUUGCUGUAUGUCUCCUUCCACUCUCUGCUCCCCGCUCCCCAUAUUUCCCGUCUCUCUUAAAAUGCCCCAGCCACAUCUUCAGUCUACGUUGUGUACCUGAGCAUCCCUGACCUCCUUAACUCUUUCUACAGCUCUGAUUAUAUGCUAGCUUGGCGCUAACUAUCUGCACACGGGCGAUAUUCCUACUUUUUCUGACCACAAAGCAUAUUUGGCCACAUUUCACAAAGCACCCCACAAUUAGUUAACAGCAGAGGGAUUAAGAAGAGAUUUAACAGUGCGCUGCAAUCUGCUGCUGUGUGUGUCUUUAGCACUGAGAGGAUCAGUGAAUCCAGCCGGGCAUCUGUUUCUCCACUUGUUGUUUUUUCUCUCCUUCUCCUCCCUCUUCAUGUAUCUUUCUUGUCACCCCCCCACCCUGAGAGCAAGGGAGGAAAGCAGCAUCAAUCACUGUUAACUGACUGACCACUGUCUGUUGGUGGUACUAAAUGGAUCUCCACAAUUGAAUAGAGGCCUAAGUGUGUGGUAAAUGCUCUCAAUGGGUAAAUGAAUUUGCGGGUUAACUCGCCCUAAGAGCGUUCCGAUAAGGCAAAAUAAUAAAAACACCUACAGCAGAUAUUUUUCUUCUGAUGUAUUAAAAUCAAAGUUCAGCUGAAAUCUGGACUCUCGCAUUCAUCACAGCAGGCCAGAGCUACACUGAAGAGAAAUGCACCAAAGGGUAACCCAAAGACAAUUCAGCUUUAUUUUCCUCAUAUAGAUUUGACUGUACACAGUUCAUACCAUUACACAGAAGGCAUAAAUGAAUAAAUUCAGUGCUCUCUUUUACAUCUUUUUCAAAGACACAUGGCAAUAAUAAAUAGCGCUCAUGAAACAAGACGAUCAACACGUUUUCAAACUGUACAAAAUUUACAACAAUUAAGAUGCAAAUUUGUGAGGCAACACAGACUGAACAAAACCAUCCUGGCAGAGCAUUUGUGUGUAAAUGAUAUGUAACACUUUAAGAUACAGCCCACAAAUUGCACUGUUUUUAUCAAGUAUAAAGGACGUACAAAUAAAACUCCCUGCUGGGUUUUGGAAAUGUACUGUAAGUUUGGUACUUUUUGAAUACUUUGGAUGUUUUCUUUUGCAGCAGCAACAGUAAUCUACAUCCUAACAUGUACUUUAAAACCUUUUCUCGAAUGAUUAAAUUUAAAACCAAGCAAACGCUUACUAAUUCUUCGAAAUACUAAACAGUGCAUCCUAAUUUUAGCAGCUCCAUGCUUAAUUUAGUAUAACUACGGUCACCCAUGAAGUUAAAAAUAUCAUCUGAUUUAAAGAAAUGUAUAAUUUAAGUAAUAAGAGCAUGAGACACACUCUUGUUUCCAAACUAUAUCCACUUCCAUUAAAUUUACUUCUCAUCUGAGCGAGGUUAACAUUUUUUAUUAUGAUUAUUAUUUGUGCCAUUUAUAUUAAAUUAAGUCACAGUGUAAUUUGUAGGCUGUAAUGAAGAGUGUUACCUAUCUAUGUACUCACAGAAACUGAUGAUAGAAAAGCUUGAAUCUUGAAUCUACCUGCCUGUCUUUUUGGACUCAUAAAAAGGACAUUCUUGAAUGAUGAAUUUGGCAAUCUUUAACAAAUUGAUGACCACAUAAAUAAGAUUUGAUCUUUUUUCUACAUUUGAUAAACAGAAAGACAAGUAAAGGUGAGUUUUUUGCAAACCUCCUCCUCUCAAAUCAAAAUAAUUUGACAUGCCGGCCCGGGUGAAACCAAACUAGCAGCUGCUCUCUCUCAGCUGUAGGACAAGUUCGGUUCAUCAACAGGGGUUCUUUCGGUGAAUCGGCUAUCAUGUGGGGAUUUAGGAUGAAGCUGUUGUGGCCUGAACUGUAACAUCGACCCUACAGUCGUGUCUGCAGUGAAGCUACAGCACAGAGUAUCAGCACUGAUAAUGGGGGGCUCUGUGGUAAUCCCUCUGACAUGGAGGCCAGGCAGAGGAGAGAACAGACUGGCGACACAUCUGGGGGUCAGUAAGUAGGUUGAUCGCAGGCAAAGCUGGAGCUCUGCUGGACUGAGUAGAUUACAGAGACAAGCCUUGAUCAGACCAAGGAAAAGAAGAGCUAAAACGAAGCAAAAGUUUAGCAUUACUCCCGCUAAUACUUCACGGUGAUUUGAAUGCCAGCUGAUCCGAGCAUGUGUGUGUGUGGCCUUUUACUUUUCUCACGUGUAAAAAUCUCUUUGUUUCACAUCUGUGCAUUCAAAAAUAAGUUAAUAAUUUAGACGUGUGAUAUGAUUACGAGAAGGAUUGAAGUUUAAUCUCUCCGGACCCUUCUCCAACACAUUGAUGCCUGGUGAGUCUGGAAACUUAAUACUGACGGAUAUCUGCUCAAACAGCUUCUAAACAGACAAGAACAAGUCAAGCAACUAUAAAUAUAGAAGAGAGACCUGCUGUGUUUGCUCCACCUCAACAGGAGGAGACAUCGUUUCCACAGACGGACAGACGGACCAUCUACUCUCCAAUGACUUGUAAGCUUCAGCAGUACAUUAAAAAACAUCCGCAUGGUUCAAAAUUCACACUUGUGCCACUGUUCUUGUAAAUUUCACUCCCAAUGAAACACUGUGUUUUUGCCUUGUGCAUAUGUCUCUCCUCUUUCUCGCUGCUCCUCUCUCUGUGUUUCAGUCCACGCAUGUAAAAGAAGAGGAGAGUAAAGUGCAUCGCCAAUGUAAAGGCUUUGAUAUGACCAGACAGCAGUCCCAUUCUUUAUUGAUCAGAAGCAUGCAGGUGCCUCCUGGGUCUCACAGGGACUCGGAUGUAGCCCUAAUGUUGUAGCUGAUAGACAGGGGGUUUGUAUUUUGGGGUCUUCCCCGUUAGAAAAAAAAAUCCAUAGACUAAUUGGAAAUCCAGUCUCUUUUUCUGAAUGGGUGAUAAAUUAAAGUCAGUUGAUCACAAAGGAUUGUAUGAUACAGUGUUGAGAUUGAAUUUUAAACAGAGUCGAGGUUUUAGUCGCUGCUUUUGUCUGGACUACACAACCUGACCCGGUUCUGACUGCUGAAGGACUGAGAGUCACUCUUCUCCUCUGUCUUCUCUUCACCCAAAAUCUCACAGCACCAGUCUCACUGGGUGAUUAAAAGAAAUGUAAAAAGCCAUGAGUGUCUGUUUCGUCAUAUCCCCACAGAGAUCUUCCAGCAGGUUUUACACUCAAAACUGAGAAUGGUCCAUCUCGUCCAGCCAUGACGCGGGGCUGGUGGGGAAGUCAGGAUAUCCUGUACUGCUGCCUGUCGAGAGGUCUGACGUCGGGCCCCCAGCCAUGGCCCUCAGCGCCUGUCCCACGCCGCCCGGCCCACCCUGUACCACCAGACUGUCCAUGCUGAAGCCCAGAUUGUUGAGGAGGGGGGUGUGGCCAGGCAGGGAGGCAAUGGAGGAGGGCGACUGAGGAAGACCGUAGGGGCUGCCUGCUCGGAUGUCAUGGUACGGCUGUCCCGCUGCGUCAACGGAGAAGCUGCCGUUCAGCACGCCGCUAUUGGUCACAUCACUGACGCUCCCAUAGAGCCCGUUGGUGUGUCCAAGAUCUGACAGGACCUGGUCAUCUGUGGAAGAGAGACAGUCACUUAGCAAGAGGGGAGUGAAAACUUUAACAUCAUCAGUACUGUCAGCUGCAGCAGCAUUAUAUAGUUGUUAUAUUUCAAUACAGUUAAGUGCUUUUAUGAGAGAGAUUUAUUGUGGCAACAUUAUGUGGAUUCAAAGAAGGCACGGUAAGUGGACAACAGAGCUGCAGAAGUAUUUAACAAGCAUUUGUUAGUGAGAAAUUAUCAACAAAUGCUUAUCUCUAAAGGUGAUCUAUAUGUGUGCAAUUACGACAGCGCAAAGUAUUUGUUUCCAUCUCCAUCUUUCCCCUGGGUGGAUUCAAUAACAACAGAGCCUCACAGCACUUCCACUCUAAUUGGCUAAAAGCCUCACAUGCUUUAUAGAGUUUCUGUCACCAUGUUUUCAUUUCUCAUAAAAAUGGCCUUCUUUUUAAAAGUGCCUGGAAGACUUUUAUGACUUUCCAAAACGGGCUCUGUGAACAUUAAAUAACAUGGGGAUGUCUAAAAUGUCAUUUGCAUCCCACUAAGGACCCUCUCUCGUUUCCAAUAUGCUCCAUCACGGCAACAAACGGAGGCAGAAGGAUGCGUCAUGAGGGGAUGUGGAGGGAAUAUAAAAUUAGGAUGCCAUUUUGAAUAAGUGGAACAGUGCACCAGAACAACAGAAGAAAACAUCUAAAAAUGCCACAAAGACACAUUCAAUCCCUGCUGCUGCUGCUGCUGCUGUGUUCAGAGCUAUGUCUUUCAGCAGCUUAUAGGCCCCUUUAAUGCCAUUAGCACAACACUAACACUGACAGUUCCCUCUCAGGAACCUUUCCUGUCAAUAACAGACAUGUGGGUUCAAGUUCUUCAGUCUGUACCUCUGAAGCUCAGCUCGCUGUCGCUCAGCCCUGCAUCGUCAGCCGAACUUUCCUUCUCCACUUUCGUCCCUCCUC